UGCAAGAUGUGGAGGGCGAGGGAGGAGAGAGUGCUGGAGCUCGGGGCGCGGUGGUGGCAGUGGGGCGCGCGGGAGUGCUAGUCUCAAAAUAACCCGGCGUAUUUCGGUCGCGCCGCCCCCCGCGCCGGCUCGGCGGCGCCCGCGCACCGCUCGACAGCUCCGCACUAUCCGCUAACUAUUCGCAAUCGACCGACGUCUUGGAUGUUGGACUUGGGUUAUAAUGACUUGACUUCUGCUAAAUGAACCCGUGGACUAGUAUAAGUUUAUUGCAGUGGCGUAUUUAUUUGACGGGCGAGCCCCGACGGUGUAUCGAGGACUAGUCGAGUGAGAGUUUAGUGCGUGUGCUGCUGUGGCGGCGUGAUGGAGAAGUCGCGGUGGUCGGAGCAGCGCUCCGAACAACGCUCCGAGCAGCGAAUGCAGCACUCGGAGCGGCACGAGCAAAGCGUGCAGUCCGUGCAGCAGGAGGAACGCGUGCAGCGCACCGAGCAUCACUAUACGCGCCAGAUGCUCAGCCAGCAACGAGUGGAGAGCGCUGGAGACCGGUUGGCCAUCACUUCAGGCAGACCCGGUGAGCCCUCGCCGCCGAUAUUCGAGCAAAUCUUCAAAAAUGCGAGAUUUGCGCAAGGCGGUAAUGCAAAAUUCGAAGGAAAACUUAGGGGUAAUCCUACGCCAGUAGUUUCAUGGACGAGAAAGAAAGCACCAUUGGUAGAAUGCAAUAAAUAUAGUAUGAGCUACAACGAACAGACAGGUGAUGUGUCGUUACUUAUCAAGCAGAUAGGGCCUGGCGACGAGGGCGAGUAUACUUGUACAGCGCGCAAUCAGUAUGGCGAAGCCAUCUGCUCCGUAUACAUCCAGCCCGAGGGCGUGGCUAUGCCCGCGCAGCAGGCCUCCCAGCAGCAGAGUUAUCGACACGUUAGUGAGAGCGUCGAGCACAAAUCCUACGGCACGCAAGGAUUCACAUCCGAGCAGUCCCGACAGACUCAGAAAAUGGCUUACACUAACGGCACUUCUGACUAUUCCUCUUCAGAAGAUUUCAAAGUAGAUACGUUCGAAUAUAGACUCUUGAGGGAAGUAUCAUUCAGAGAGACUAUUACCAGAAGAUACGUGGGCGAAAGUGACAUUCAAAUGAGCACCGAAAUCGAUAGAACAUUAGGUGCCGUUGCCCCACCAAAGAUAGCUCAGAAGCCCAGAAACUCAAAACUCCAGGAAGGUGCCGACGCGCAGUUCACCGUACAGUUGUCGGGCAACCCCAGGCCACGGGUAACGUGGUUCAGAAAUGGGCAGAGGCUAGUUAACUCGAACAAAUAUGAAAUCAUAACUACACAUAACCAGACAACACUUAGAGUUAAGAAUACGCAAAAGUCUGAUUCGGGCCACUACACAUUAUUGGCUGAAAACCCCAAUGGAUGCAUUGUAACAUCAGCUUACCUUGCCGUAGAAUCGCCACAAGAAACUUACGCGCAGGAUCACAAAUCACAAUAUAUUAUGGAUACUCAGCAAACAGAGACUGAAGAAAGAGUAGAAAUAGUUGAGAAAGCUCUCGCUCCGCAAUUUGUAAAGGUCUGCCAAGAUCGAGAUGUAACAGAAGGGAAAUUGACGCGAUUCGAUUGCCGCGUCACGGGCAGACCUUACCCUGAAGUCACGUGGUUCAUUAACGAUAGACAAAUCCGAGACGAUUCUAAUCAUAAGAUAUUAGUCAACGAGUCAGGUAAUCAUGCGCUUAUGAUUACAAACGUCGAUCGAAGUGACAGCGGUGUAGUCACGUGUGUCGCCCGCAACAAGAGCGGCGAGACAUCCUUCCAGUGCCGACUGAAUGUCAUCGAGAAGGAGCAAGUGGUGGCUCCCAAGUUCGUCGAGCGUUUCAGCACGCUAAGCGUACGUGAAGGCGAACCUGUGGCGCUGAAUGCACGAGCAGUUGGCACACCUACACCGCGGAUCACAUGGCAGAAGGACGGCGUUCCGAUUAUACCCAAUCCAGAAUUACGAAUUAAUACCGAUGGUGGGACCUCGACACUGGACAUCCCUCGAGCCAAGGCGUCGGAUGCGGCAUGGUAUCAGUGCACCGCCCAGAACGUCGCAGGUUCCACCGCCACUCGGGCAAGGCUCUACGUGGAAGUUCCGAAGGAGCCUCCGCCCGAACAAAAGCGUCUGCACUUACCGCGGCCAACAAGGAUAAUCGAACCAGAGCCUGCUCCUGGACCAGAGAUUAUUUACUUAAGGCACGUGGAAAGGGCACGACCUUACGUUCCUCCGGGUGAGGAAGACCGAGUUUAUCCUCCACCACAGUUUAUCGUGCCACUGAAGAGUGUAUCACAGAUGGAAGGUGGCAAGAUUCACUUUGAAACGAGAAUAGAACCGGUCGGUGACCCAACGAUGAAGAUAGAAUGGUUGAGAAAUGGACAAAGUAUCGAAGCAAGUUCAAGAUUCACGUCAAUAUUCAGGUUUGGAUACAUUUCUCUAGAUAUGCUCAGUCUUAACAUUCAAGAUAGUGGAGAAUACACAUGCCGAGCUGUUAGUGCAACCGGUAUGGCCGAGACUAAAGCAAUGUUGCAAGUUACACCUAGAGCAACUAUUGAAAGGACUAGCCAACACCCAGAAAGUCUUCAAUACAUUCAACAAUUAGAAGAUUACUCUAGAUAUCAGCACCAAGAGUCGGUUGAUGAAAAUAUAUCACAGAGGCCUCAAUUUAUCAGGCCUUUGCAAGAACUUGGUGAACUCCAAGAAGGCAGAAACGCUCACUUUGAAGCUCAAUUGACGCCGGUCAGCGACCCGCACAUGAGAGUGGAGUGGUACAAAGACGGUCGUCCGAUUACAGCCAGCUCGCGAAUCACGUCAAUCUUCAACUUCGGUUACGUCUCCCUUAACAUCAUGCACCUACGGGCUGAAGAUGCAGGUUCGUACACAGUGAGAGCUGUAAAUAAACUGGGCGAAGCCGUCAGCACCGCUUCCAUCAAAGUAGCGGCAAGGAGCACGGUCACUUCAGAUCUCGGCAUACCAGAGCAAAAACGCUAUAUAGAAAAAACAGAACAAUUAGAAGCAUAUCAGCAACAGCAACAUGUUAAAUAUUAUCAAGAAGUACCUGAAAGUACACAACGACCAGAAUUCAAAACACCUAUUAAAGAUCAGCUUAACGUUAAGGAAGGUGGAUUUGCCCAUUUUGAGGCUCGUCUCGAGCCGGUGGGCGACUCUACCUUAAGGGUAGAAUGGUUAAAAGACGGACGUCCUGUGGAAGCUAGUUCAAGAAUAACGACAUUCUUCAACUUUGGAUAUGUAGCACUGACAAUUAAGUCAGUGACUGUUCAUGAUGUUGGUCAUUACACUUGCCGAGCCUACAAUGCGCUCGGACAGGCAACUACUAGUGCCCACUGCACUAUUGUAACCAAGAAAGAUAUCAUUGCGGAAUCGCAACACCCAGGAGGUCUCGAGAAGAUUCAACAUCUAGAGGAUACAAACAGAUACACGAAGCGAUCUGAAGAAGAAGUGAGAGUAGCACAGAAGCCUCGCUUUCUCGGACCUUUGAAAGGUACAAAUAAAAUUGUAGAAGGGCAAAGUGCCCAUUUCGAAGCGAGAGUAGAGCCCCAGAGCGACUUGACUAUGUCUGUGGAAUGGUAUUUUAAUGGAAAGCAAAUCAAACAAGCUAACCGUACUCAAACUUACCAUGACUUCGGAUACGUUGCGUUAGAUAUAUCCAGCGUUCGAGCAGAAGAUUCCGGAACGUACACUGUUGUAGCUCGCAACGCUGCUGGAGAAGCUCAGUUGAGCACUUCAAUGGUAGUAGAAACACGGUCCAGUAUUGAUACAUCAAGUAUUCAUCGUGGCCUAUACGAGAAAACACGCCACCUUGAAGAGUCCAAAUUUGUGGAACCAAUGUAUCAAAUUGAAGAAAUUUCAAAGUCGAAACCUAUUUUCGUACAGCCGCUAUCAGACCCAGCGCCUGUAUCAGAAGGUAAAAAUAUUCAUCUCGAAUGCAGAUUGGAACCUAUGGGUGAUCCUACAAUGAGAGUCGAAUGGUUUCACAAUGGAAGGGCUGUGACAGUCGGUUCCAGAUUUAGGACUUAUUAUGACUUUGGUUUUGUGGCACUAGACAUUAUUCACGCUACAUCUACUGACACCGGUGAAUAUACAGUAAGAGCAGUCAACCACUUAGGUUCAGCUCACACCUCAGCGAUGGUACGAGUCAUCGAAAGAUCUGAUAUUCUGACUGAGACUCAGAACGAACAAGCUGUCGAACAAAUUCAAAUGCUCGAGGAUGCGGCACGCAGAAGUAGGCAAGUUCAAGAAGACAUAACAGUAAUGCAGGCACCACAAUUUUCAAGAUCCCUGCACAACGUUGAAACCGUUGAGGGAACAAACGUACAUCUGGAAUGUCGAUUGCAGCCAGUUGGCGACCCGACCAUGAGAGUGGAUUGGUUCUGCAAUGGCAGACCGAUUAAGACUGGCCACAGAUUUAGACCAGCUUAUGAAUUCGAUUAUGUAGCUCUUGAUCUCUUAAGCGUGUACCCUGAAGAUUCCGGAGUUUACACUUGCCAGGCAACAAACCAGCUCGGUGAAGCUGUUACUUCUUGUGCGCUACGCGUUAUUGCAAAGAAGGACCUUAUUUUUGAGUCCCAGCAUCCAUCAGGCCUCGAGAAGAUUCAGUACCUCGAAGAUGCUUCUCGCUACAAGAAGUCCGAAAUGAUUGACGAGACUAUUAAUAUCAAACCACACUUUGUGACUAAGCCCAAAUCAAUAGAAAAUGUCGUAGAAGGGCAUCACGUUCACUUCGAGUGUAAAUUGGAACCAGUAACUGAUCCUAAUCUGAAAGUGGAAUGGUUUAAGAAUGGUCAACCCGUGACUAUUGGACACCGAUUCAGACCAAUUCACGACUUUGGUUAUGUAGCCUUAGAUAUCAUUGACCUAAUUGCAGAAGACUCCGGAGUAUACACUUGCAGAGCUGUUAAUCAUGUCGGAACCGACGAAGUCAGCUGUAGGCUGUCUUGCCGUGGAACAGCAGACAUUAUUAGGGGUACACAAAACGAAGCCGGCCUUGAACAGAUUCAGCAUCUAGAAGACCGAAGUAAAUAUCACAGAUCAGACAUGGUCGAUGAAAUUACAACCCAGGCACCUAUUUUCACAACAUCGCUGAAGAAUAUUGAAAUCAAGGAAGGUCAGCGUGCGCAUUUCGAGUGUAGAUUGAUUCCAGUUUCUGAUGCUACCAUGAAAGUUGAAUGGUACCAUAAUAACCGGCCUCUUAAGAGUGGUUCCAGGUUCACGGAGACCAACAACUUCGGAUUUGUUGCUCUCGACAUCAUGUCUUGUUUACCAGAGGACUCUGGAACUUACACUUGCAGAGCUAUCAAUGCACUGGGUGAAGCCGUUACCUCUGGAAUUGCUAUUGUACAUUCCAAGAAAUCAAUUUACUUGGAGUCACAGCAUGAAGGAGCUCUGGGUAGGCUUAACCAGCUAGAAGAUACAUCAAGAUACCAGAGGCACAGUGCGCAAGAUGAAUUUAUAACUCAGGCUCCGGUAUUUACAAUGCCCAUGAAAGAUAUUAAGGUAGCCGAAAACCAGGCCGCACACUUUGAAGCUAGGCUUAUUCCUGUAGGUGACCCGAAACUUCGAGUUGAAUGGUUGCGCAAUGGGGUCCCUAUCGAAGCUUCUAACCGCUUGACGACAAUGCAUGACUUCGGGUACGUCGCUCUAAAUAUGAAAUACGUUAACCCUGAGGACUCUGGAACGUACACUUGCCGGGCUAUAAAUGAGCAGGGUGAAGCUGUGACAUCCUCGACCUUAUUCGUACAAUCCAAAGCAUCACUCCAAUUUGAAUCACAACACGAAAGUGCCUUAGAAAAGAUUCAACAACUGGAAGGCGCAACCCGUUACCAGCGAAGAGAGGAAGUUGAUAUUGCUAUCAACCAGGCGCCUAGAUUUACUACUCAACUUAAUGGACCUUCAAAACUAGUUGAGGCCCAAAGCGCUCAUUAUGAGUGCAGGAUCGAGCCAUACCCAGACCCGAACAUGCGCGUAGAAUGGUAUUUCAACGGCAAGGUCCUUCAGAGUGGUCAUCGCUACCGCACUUCGUAUGAUUUUGGUUUCGCAGCUCUUGACAUCCUUCAAGUAUACGGUGAAGAUUCUGGCGAGUACACAUGCAAAGUCAUCAAUAACUUGGGCCAAGCUACUUCUUCAAUCAAGUUAAACGUUCAAUCUAAGGAAUCUAUAAUCAGAGACACACAACACGAAAGUGCACUGGAGAAGAUACAAUACCUCGAGGACGAGAGUAGAAACAAGCGCAUCGUCCACGAUGAGAGCUUUGUGGCUGAGAAGCCUCAGUUUGGCAAACCACUCAAAAACACUCAUGUGGCCGAGGGCCACCCAGUCCACCUGGAAGCAACACUUACACCAGUCAACGAUCCAACCAUGCGCGUAGAGUGGUAUUGCAACGGCAGGCCAGUCGCACAAGGCCACAGAUUCAAGACUACGUACGAUUUUGGUUAUGUCGCACUUGAUGUUCUUUAUGCUUAUUCCGAAGACACCGGCACUUAUAUGUGCAAGGCUACAAAUGCCGUCGGUGAAGCAGUUACUACGAGCUCGGUAAAAGUUGAUGCUAAAGCUGGUCUUUACCUCGAUACAUUGGAUGAGCAAAGGUUGAAAAAAAUACAGGAACUUGAACGAUUUGAGAGACCGAAAGCGGUUGAAGAGGAAAAACCUGGUCAACGACCGGUGUUCCUUACGGCUCUAACUAGUCUUGAAAAUUUGAAAGAAGGAGAUAGGGCUCACUUUGAAUGCAGACUUGAGCCAAUUAACGACCCCGAUAUGCAAAUCGAGUGGUUCCUUAACGGUAAAAAGAUUAGAGCUGGACACAGAUAUAGAACGACUCAUGACUUUGGUUAUGUCGCUUUAGAUAUUCUUUAUACUUAUUCUGAAGACUCUGGCACUUACAUGUGCAAAGCUACCAACAAGCUGGGUGAAGCGGUUAACACUUGUACUAUGAAGGUUGCAGGUCACAGAAGUAUCAUCCUGGACACUCAACAUCCCAAUGGCCUUGAGAAGAUCAGGCAAUUAGAGGCACAAGGUCAUCACACCAGGAUGGAAAUCGAAGAGCCCACGAUCAGUAUACCUAGGUUCGUCACUGAGCUUAGAGGAACAACUCAUGUAUAUGAAGGCCAAACUGCGCAUUUCGAAUGCCAGGUUGAGCCUAUUCAUGAUCCCAACUUGCGUAUUGAAUUUUAUCACAAUGGUAAAGCCCUGCAAUCUGCCUCACGGUUCCAUAUCACUUUUGAUUUUGGUUAUGUGUCGUUGGAUAUCCAGCACUGUGUGCCAGAAGAUGCAGGUGAAUAUUCUGUAAAAGCAAUCAAUGCUCUCGGACAGUGCACAUCCGCCAUAUCCAUGACAGUAACCGCAAAAGGCAGUAUUAUAAUGGAAUCACAACGUCCCGAGGGUCUGGAAAAGAUCCGGGAACUAGAAUCUGUGGAGCCAUUCAAGCGGCCUGAAAUUCCAGAACCGGUCACAAGGCAAAGACCUGUAUUCACUCAGCCACUUCAAAACAUUGAUAACAUACAAGAAGGACAAACAGCACACUUUGACUGCCGCCUAAUCCCAGUCGGGGACCCGACUCUUAAGGUGGAAUGGUUCAGAAACGAGAAGCUCAUCGAAGAUAGCUCCAGGAUUACUAAGACCCACGAUUUUGGUUACGUAUCAAUGACUAUUACUCACGUGCGUGACGAAGACGAGGGCGUGUACAUGUGCAGAGCCUCAAACCUAUUAGGAGAGGCAGUUACAACUGCUGCCAUGAAAAUUAAGACUAAGGCAGCCAUACAAAUGGAAACUCAACAUCCCGAGGGCAUGAAGAAGAUUCAACGUCUUGAAGAGCCUUCACAGAGAAGACCUGAUGAACCUGAGAGAGAGUUUGAAAAGCCCAUCUUUACUCAAGUUCUCACUGGGCCUUCGGAGUUGUGGGAAGGACAGCAUGCUCACUAUGAAGCGCGCGUGGUGCCAGUAGGCGAUCCUAGCCUUCGAUUUGAGUGGUACAUCAAUGGUGUUGAACUUAAAAUGGGAUCAAGAUUCCGUACGACGCAUGACUUUGGUUUUGUAACUCUGGACAUCAAUUCCGUUGUUGCGGCAGACGCUGGUUUAUACAUGUGCAAAGCUAUCAAUAGAGCGGGUAGCACAGUGUCUUCGACGUCCCUAAAAGUUAAAACAAAGUCUACUAUUGUUGACCAAGCAAUGCGCCCAGAAUCUUGGGAACAGAUUCAACUUAAAGAAGCUGCAAUGAAUAAGGUUCCUGAAAUGUUUAUUGACUCCGGUGUUCAACAAGCGCCGAUCUUCACUACUCACUUAAAGAGUUACGACAAACUCGUUGAAGGUCAACAUGUGUACCUCGAAGCUCAGGUCGAACCACGCACCGACCCGAACUUAAGAAUAGAAUGGUUUAAAAAUGGAAUAUCUUUAACAACAGGUUCAAGAAUCAAGAGCACAUUUGACUUUGGCCUAGUAACACUGUCCAUUAACGGUAUCAGAAUCGACGAUUCAGGUAUUUAUACAUGCAAAGCAACAAAUCUAAUGGGAGAGGCUGUUUCUACUUCGUCAAUUAAAAUUGAAGACCGUCAUUGGCUCCUUGGAGAGUCCCUUCAUCCUGAAUCAUUGGAUAGGAUUGGGGCAUUGGAGCAACCUAAAGCUGCCAAACCUGAAUCUCCUGAGCCAACUUACGAGAUUCCAGUGUUUAUCUCGCAUUUAAAUAAUAUUGUUUGCAAAGAAGGUGAUAACAUUCACUUCGAGUGCAAUGUCGAGCCAUCUAGAGAUCCUACACUGAAGAUUGAAUGGUUCUUCAACAAUAAUCCACUUCCUUCAGGUACCAGGUACAAGGCAACACAUGACUUCAGUUAUGUGUCAUUAGACGUCACACACACGUACGAAGAAGAUUCUGGAAUCUACACUUGCAAGGCUACCAAUAGCAAGGGUUCGGCUACUACAUCUGGUUCUUUGAGGUGUACUGGAGAUAAACAUAUUUAUCUUGAUACACAACAUCCUCAGGGCAAAUCUGGUUUGGAAGCCGUAGAACAGGCCGAAGAGGCCAGACAAGCAAAGGGUAGACGAUCCUCCGUACCUGACGCAGACUAUCCUAAGCCCGAGUGGGUCGUUCCUGUGGCUGCUGAGCAUCAAUUAGUCGAGGGUCAAUCACUUCACCUCGAGGGUCAAGUUGAACCGAAGAAUGACCCUAAUCUGAAAAUUGAAUGGUAUUUCAAUGGUAAAGUAUUACAACAGGCCUCGCGGUUCAAACUAACUAGUGAUUUCGGAUUUGUGACAUUAGAUUUAAUUGACGUGUAUGAAAGAGACAGUGGUAUUUACACAUGUAAGGCUUUCAACAAAAAAGGUGAAGCAUUUACCUCAUCUACCAUUUUCUGUACCAGCAAGGCUAACCUCAUUGAAGGAACACAACAUCCAAAGGGAACUGAAGGACUUGAAAAGAUUCAAAACCUUGAGGACUCUCUUCGAAGAGAACCCGGCCAGAAGCCUGAUGACGAUACUGGAAGGGCCCCUGAAUUCACAACGGUAUUCCAAGAUAUAGUAGAUAUUAGCGAGGGACAGAUUGCCCAUUAUGAAGCUUCACUGAUACCGACUGGUGACCAAUCGAUGGUCAUCGAAUGGUUCUACAAUGGAAAAACAAUUGAAGCGAGUCACCGUAUUAGAACCGUAUACGCUUUUGGUAUGUGUGUUCUUGAAAUUUUAGGCACCAAGACUACUGAUUCUGGCACAUACUCUUGCCGUGCUACUAACAAGUGGGGACAAGCUGAAAUCAGUGUUAAACUGGAGUGCGUAGAUAAGAGCAAGGGACAAAAACCGAGAUUCACUACACACAUUCAAAGUGUCGAGGGCUUGAAAGACGGUCAAUCGGCUCAUUUUGAAUGUACGGUUAUACCUGUCGACGAUCCCGACAUGAAGAUUGAAUGGUAUCACAAUGGUCAACUUUUGCGUCAUUCUACAAGGAUCAAGACAGUUUCUGAUUUCGGUUUUGUCGUGAUGGACAUAGCGUACACGCAGAACCACGAUGCGGGAGAAUACGUUUGCCGUGCUUACAACAAAUAUGGCGAGGACUUCACCAAAGCUACAAUAAGUUGCUACAGUAGAAGCGGAGUUUACUUGGAGAGCUUGCAGCCUGAUUCGCUAGCGAAAAUCAGAGAGUUGGAGAAUUUGCACGGUGCGCAGCAACAAGCGCCAUCCACUCCGUCUGCUGAGCCACCGAAGUUCCUCACACAAAUUCAGGACGUAACUAAACUGGUAGAGGGCCAGAGUGCUCACUUCGAAGCGAGAUUGAUACCUGUUGAUGACCCAGACCUUAAAGUUGAAUGGUUUUAUAACGGCAAGAAACUUCCCCAUGGACAUAGGUAUAGAACAUUCCAUGACUUUGGCAUCGUUAUAUUGGAUAUAUUAUACUGCUACGAAGAAAAUUCUGGUGUGUACGAGUGUGUUGCGACCAACAAAUUGGGCCGUGAUUCAACUAAGGCUACGCUCAAGUGCACAUCAAAAGAGAACUUGAUCUUGGACUCGCAACUCCCGCGGGGCAUGGAAGGUGGCUUAGAGAAGUUACAAACGUUGGAAGACUCGAUGAUAAGAAGGAAAGAUACCGAUGUUCAGGAGGAAAGAGGAAAGGCUCCCGUAUUUACUGUACCUCUAUCUAAUAUCGAAAACCUGCGAGAAGGAGAAAAUGCUCACUUUGAGGCUCGUCUUACACCAACUGAUGAUCCUAACCUUAAAGUUGAAUGGUACUGGAACGGUAAAUCACUAAAGGCUGGCUCAAGAUUCAGGACGUUCUGUGAUUUCGGAUUUGUUAUUCUAGAAAUCGCACCCACUUAUCCAGAAGACUCUGGUGAAUAUUUAUGCCGAGCUUACAACAACUAUGGCGAAGCUGUUACUACGGCUACUAUGAAGGUGCAAGGCAAGCGCAAUAUCAUCCUUGAAUCGCAAUUGCCCAAAGGCAUGGAAGGCACUAUUGAUAAGAUAGCAGUACUCGAAGGAUACACUGGCACAGUAGACUCGAUGUCACCUGAGGUGGAGAGCGGAAAUCCGCCAGAAUUCAUAACCACUCCUUCUGAUCUCAUUUUGACUGAGAAUUCUUCAGCUCACUUUGAAUGUCGCUUGGUACCAAUUAAUGAUUCUAGCAUGAGAGUGGAAUGGUACCACAACGGAAAACCGUUAUUGACUGGUUCUAGAGUAAAGACCAUCAACGACUUCGGUUUUGUCAUUCUGGAAGUUGGCGGAGUUUAUCAGAGAGAUGCUGGUUUAUAUACUUGCAAGGCAACAAACCGUCACGGUGAGGCGACCGUCUCAUGUAAACUGCAAGUCAAGGGUAGACAAGGCAUUGUUCUUGAACCUCAACUGCCAUCUCACUUCAAAUCAGGUACUGAGAGUAUUCAAAGGCUUGAAGAAACUUUGCAUAAGCGCGAGGAGAUUAUGUCCGAAGAUGAAAAACCAAACCCACCGAGAUUCACUGUGGAAAUCAAGGAUAACGUCGAUGUUCCUGAGGGUGGACCGAUCCACUUCGACUGCCGCGUAGAACCUGUCGGGGACCCAACAAUGAGAAUUGACUGGUUCCACAACGGCAGGCCAUUUGCUACUGGCUCUCGCGUACACAUGCUGAAUGAUUUUGGUUUUAUUGCUCUAGAUAUCGAUUAUAUCUACGCACGUGAUUCUGGUGAAUAUACCUGUCGAGCCACUAACAGGUGGGGCUCUGCCACCACUACGGCAAAAAUUACAUGCAGCGCCAAACGCGAUAUUGUUUUAGAGUCGCAGCUACCACAAGGCAUGAGUGGCGAGAAAAUCAAAGAGCUUGAGAGAGGUCGCGUGAGUGAUGUUCCCAAAGACGAGCCUGUGGUCAGCUCUCCGCCUAAAUUCAUUACUCAGAUCCAAAGUCAUACCGUAGAAGAAUCAGAAGGCGUACGAUUUGAAUGCCGCGUAGAGCCCAAAGAAGAUCCAAAACUAAGGAUUGAAUGGUAUCGCAAUGGUAAACUGUUACCUAGUGGCCACAGAUACCGUACCGUGUACGACAUGGGAUUUGUGUCUCUCGACAUUUUAUAUGUGUAUGCUAAAGAUUCUGGAGAGUACAUGUGCAGAGCUGUUAAUGAUUUCGGUGAAGACUUCACAAAGGGCACCGUUUCGUGCAAACAGCUGCCAGAUAUUAUUCUUCAGAACCAAGUACCUCGAGGAAUGAAGAAAUCUGAAGCAUUGACUCAAAUGGAGGCUACAAUCAAGAAGUAUACGUCUGAAAUAUUCUUAACUGAAGAUGACUUGUACGACGCUGAUAAGAAACAGCCUCCACGAUUUGUGACACAGAUUCAAAGCCAAACGUCUCUAGUUGAAAUGGAGACAACCAAAUUCGAAUGCCAACUGGCCCCUGUUGGAGAUCCUAAUAUGAAAGUAGAAUGGUUCUUUAAUGGCAAACCGCUACUUCAUAAGAAUCGCUUUACACCUAUUUACGACUUCGGUUACGUCGCAAUGAAUUUCGGAUGGGUGUAUCCCGAAGACAGCGGUGAAUACGUCUGUCGAGCCACCAAUCUCUAUGGCAUGGACGAAACCCGGGCUAUAAUCAAAACCGCUGGCAAACCUGGCAUCGUUUACGACUCACAACUACCAAAGCACAUGAAGAGUAUCGAGAAAAUCAGAGAGAUGGAAGCGUCGUGGCAAGUAGCUCCCGAGCAAGCAGUUGAUAUGGAGAAAGCCCGCUCUCCGCCAGUGUUUGUCAGUCGUCCGGACCCGGUAACAGUCGAGGAAGGCGAAUGGGCAAGAUUCUGCUGCCGUGUUACGGGACACCCGAAACCGAGGGUUAUGUGGCUUCUUAACGGAAACACCAUCGUUAACGGAUCAAGAUACAAGCUGACUUAUGAUGGAAUGUACCACUUUGAUAUUCCAAAGACGCGUCAGUACGACACAGGAAAGAUUGAAGUGGUUGCCAGAAGCUCAGCCGGCGAAGCGGUAGCAACAAGUGAACUUAAGGUUAUUCCGAGACACGAUGACUACAGAGGCGUUCUGAAAAACGCUCCCCGACCUUGGUAUGAUGAAACGACACAAUAUCAACGUACUGAAACUGAAUUGGAGAAAACUUUCGAAGAGAGACAAACACAGCAACGCCAGGGCACCAUUGACCAUAGACCCGAGUUGAAACAAAAAUUGCACAAAGAACCCGAAACUGAGUGGCAACAAUCCGUAAAGAAGAAGAAGAGUGAGGAAUACUACAACAAACUCCAAGAGUUAGAGAAUGAACAAGUUGUAAAGGAAAGCAGGCUGCGAGAAUCGACACACCAGUAUGCUAUCCCCGGGGAGAAGGUUGUGAAUGCUUCUGUUGCUAAGGGAAUGGCACAGAAAUAUGAAGAUACUUUGGAGCAGUCUGAACAAGUGGUUGAACAGAAACAAGUAACGCAAAAGAAAGUUGUUCAAAAGCCAAGAAUUCCGGAUCCAUCCGAGUCAACCGUUCAUGGCAAGGAAGUGCAUGUAGCUAAACAGAAACAGGUACAGAAAGAGGUUGUCGGUGACACGGAAAUUACCCGUAAAAUCACAUCCACUGAGACGACUGAGGUUGAACACAAAGCCCAAACUCAGGAAAGGGUAGUAGAAGGUCCAGUCAAGCCUAGCAAUCCACCAGUUUUCACCAAGAAGAUGCAACCCUGCAGAGUAUUUGAACAGGAACAAGCUAGGUUUGAGGUCGAGUUCGACGGCGAUCCACUUCCUACCAUCAAAUGGUACAGAGAGAACUUCCCGAUCAAGAAUUCGGCAGAUUUUCAGAUUCAUACUUUCAGCACUAAGUCUAUUCUUAUAAUAAGACGAGUUUUCAUUGAAGAUUCGGCCGUAUUUUCUGCUGUUGCUGAAAACAGAGGCGGAACAGCUAAAUGCAGCGCAAAUCUUGUAGUUGAAGAACGCAGGAGGCAAGGCCGAGGUGGCAUCAGCCCACCCAGUUUCACAUUGACGGCCCAAAACGUUAAUGUAACUUCUGGUCAGCUAGUGAGAUUCGACACCAAGGUGACAGGAACCAAACCUAUUGAUGUUUACUGGUUGAAAAAUGGACAGAAAGUUCAACCUGACAUAAGAAACAAAAUUUUGGAAGAAGACGGAACCUACACUCUUCUGAUUCUUGAGGCGUAUCCUCAAGAUUCUGGAAAAUACGAAUGCGUAGCUAUUAACACUGCUGGAGAAGCAAGAUGCGACGCCGAAUGCUACGUCAACGCUCCUGCCACGAAAGAAAAACCAAAACCUCAAACUAAAGCCGCAAAUGCACCUCCGGAAGUUAUUGAACCGCUGAAAGACAAAGUUGUUGCUGAGGGACAAGCUAUCGAAUUUAGCUGCAAAAUUAUUGGAAAGCCGACACCUACAGUUCAAUGGUACAAGGGAGAUAAGCUAAUUAAACCAUCGAAGUACUUCCAAAUGUCUAGGGCAGCGGACGAGUACACACUACGCAUAUCUGAGGCUUUCCCUGAAGAUGAAGGAGAUUAUAAGUGUGUGGCGUUUAAUUCUGGUGGACGAAUAACUGCCGCUGCAAAACUGAAAGUUUCCCAGCCAGAUCAAGCUGACGCCUUGCCCACGCUAACACCAUUACGUGACGUCACUGUAAAUGAGGGACAGCCGGCGCAGUUCAAGACUGUCAUUACAAGCAAGGUCAAACCAACCAUUCAAUGGCUACGUGAAGGCGCGAAAAUUCCGGAAACUCCCGAUUUUCAGAUGAUCCACGAGGGCAACAACGCUGUUCUGCUCAUCGGAAGCACGUACGAGGAGGACACCGGAAUCUUUACUUGCCGGGCGAUCACCUCCGCGGGCCAGGUCGAGACCUCGGCAAAACUAGUCGUCAAAAAAUCCCGAACAGUUAUUUCAAGAAAAAAGUUCCAAGAAAAAAAAGGUGCUGAUCAAUUUACGGUCGAUCAAAAAACAACGAUCAGCAAAGCAUUAUAUCAGUCAACAGAAGAAUCCAAUAUUUUACGACUUGAAAACGUACAAAAUGUUGAAACUAAAACUACCGCGGUUCCUUGGCGCACCAAGAGAGUGAUUGAAGAAUUGAAAAAAGAAGAAACUUCCGAAACUGUAAACUGGCGUAAACCAAAGGUACAGGAACAUCAGGAGGAUUCUAUGCAGCAGGUGACUUUUACCGAAGAUGCGAAUAUAUUGACUGUUGAUAACAAAGAAGUUAUUGACAAAACGAAGGUAAUCGAAACAAGGCACUGGAGAAAACCUAAACAUCAGGACAUACAGCAAAUCGAAAGCAUAACGACAUCUGAAGAUAAUAAUAUACUAGCAGUUGACAAAACAAUGGUCACAAGCGAAACCGUAAAACAAGAAGCAGAACCACAAGAGCCAACCAAGCGACGUUCAUCAGCUUUCCAAGAGCAAAAACCUGAAACUGUACCGUGGACUCAAGAGAGCAUCAAAUUACGUAAAACUAAAGUAGAUAAGAAAGAAAUAGAAAGAGAAAAAAUAGAAGACGUCACAUUAAAACAAGUUCGAAAAACGGCCACACAGGACACUAUCGACAAAACAGUCAUCGAAGAUUCUAAAUCGGAAGUUAUCGAACAACUUGAAACCAAACAGUGGAGAAAACCUCGAACACAGGAAGUUCCUAAGCAUGUUGAGGAUUAUACUUCAUCUGAGGAUGCCAACAUACUAGCAAUUGAUAAAACAAUUAAAACCGCCGAAAGCGUAAAACAGGAUUCACUCGAGACAAAACAUUGGCGCAAGCCUCGUUCUGAACCUAAACAAGAGGCAGAUAUACCCGAAGAACAAACACAAGAGUCAAUAAGACGAAAAUCAUCAGCAUUCCAGGAGCAAAAACCGGAGGCUGUGCCGUGGACUCAAGAAAGCAUAAAAUUGCGCCCAACACAAGUUGAAAAGAGAGAAAUAGCAAAAGAAAAAUUUGAAGAUGUAACAUUAAAACAAGUGAAAAAACCUUCGGUAGCAACCUUGCUCGAACAAGAUGAGAAGAACACUGUUGAUAGAAUAAUCACCGAAGACACAGAAAUUCUGCACGUUGAUAAAUCAGAAGUCAUUCAACAAGAGGAUAUUGAGCAUCGAAGAAAACCUCGUACAAAGGAAGUAAGUAAGCAUGUCGAAAAUAUCAUUUCGACUGAAGAUACUAACUUACUUGCAAUCGACAAAACAGUUGAUGUGGCGGAAGAUGUAAAAUCGGAACCACUGGAAACUCAACAUUGGCGUAGACAACGAUCUGAACCUAAACAGGACGUAAAUGUACAGGAAGCACAACCACGAGGGCCAACAAGGCGGAGAUCAUCUGCUUCCCAGGAGCAAAAGCAAGAAACUGUACCCUGGACUCAAGAAAGCAUAAAAUUACGCCCAACAAAAGUAGAAAAGAAAGAAAUAACAAAAGAAAAAUUAGAAGAGGUUACACUAAAACAGAGAAAGAUGUCCGUAGAGACACUUGUAAUAGAAGAGUCCUUAACACGCGAGGAAGACACAGUUAUAUUAGAAAUACCAGCUGACACAGUAACUAAAGAUGGUGUUGCACUUAAACCCAUUACAAGACAAAAAGUAAAGCAAGAAAAACCUACCGAAGAAGAUCAACCUGAGGAGGUUUCAUGGCGCGGUAAAAGACGACCUAAAGAAGAACAGCCUUCUGAAGAAGUGGUGCUUAAACCAGUACCUAAACAAAAGCUUCUCGAAGAGAAGAAACCCGAAGAUGUCCAACUUAAACCAAUUAAAAAAGAGAAACCGAUUGAAGAGGCACAACCCGAAGAGGUAUCCUGGCGACAAAAAUGCAGACCGAAAGAAGAACAGCCCUCUGAAGAAGUUGUACUUAAACCUGUACCUAAACAGAAGCCUGUAGAGGAAGAGAAGAAACCAGAAGAAGUGUCACUUAAGCCAAUCAAAAAAGACAAACCUGUUGAAGAAGCACAGCCAGGGGAGGUAUCUUGGCGGGGAAAACGGAAGCCAAAAGAAGAACAGCCAGCUGAAGAAGUUGUACUUAAACCUGUACCUAAACAGAAGCCUGUAGAGGAAGAGAAGAAACCAGAAGAAGUGCAACUUAAGCCAAUGAAAAAAGACAAACCUGUUGAAGAAGCACAACCAGAGGAAGUACCAUGGCGAGGCAAACAGAAGCCAAAAGAAGAACAGCCAGCUGAAGAAGUUGUACUUAAACCUGUACCUAAACAGAAGCCUGUAGAGGAAGAGAAGAAACCAGAAGAAGUACAACUUAAGACAAUGAAAAAAGACAAACCUGUUGAAGAAGCACAACCAGAGGAGGUAUCAUGGCGAGGCAAACGGAAGCCGAAAGAAGAACAGCCAGCUGAAGAAGUUGUACUUAAACCAGUACCUAAACAGAAGCCUGUAGAGGAAGAGAAGAAACCAGAAGAAGUGCAACUUAAGCCAAUCAAAAAAGAAAAACCAAUUGAAGAGACGCAGCCAGAGGAGGUAUCAUGGCGAGGCAAACGGAAGCCAAAAGAAGAACAGCCAGCUGAAGAAGUUGUACUUAAACCGGUACCUAAACAGAAGCCUGUAGAGGAAGAGAAGAAACCAGAAGAAGUGCAACUUAAGCCAAUCAAAAAAGAAACACCGAUUGAAGAGACACAACCAGAGGAAAUAUCUUGGCGAGGCAAACGUAAGCCAAAAGAAGAACAGCCAGCUGAAGAAGUUGUACUUAAACCGGUACCUAAACAGAAGCCUGUAGAGGAAGAGACAAAACCGGAAGAAGUGCAACUUAAACCAGUGAAAAAGGACAAGCCAAAACCCGUUGAAGAAAUUCAGCCGGAAGAAGUUUCUUGGCCUACAGGUAAAAGGCGACCUAAAGAAGAACAGCCUGGCGAAGAAGUUCUACUCAAACCAGUGCCUAAGCAAAAGCCUGUCGAAGAAGAAAAACCGGAAGAAGUGCAACUCAAGCCAAUCAAAAAAGACAAAACUGUUGAAGAGGCACAGUCAGAGGAGGUAUCAUGGCGAGGCAAACGGAAGCCAAAAGAAGAACAGCCGGCUGAAGAAGUUGUACUUAAACCGGUACCAAAACAGAAGCCUGUGGAGGAAGAGAAGAAACCAGAAGUGCAACUCAAGCCAAUCAAAAAAGACAAACCUGUUGAAGAGGCACAGCCAGAGGAGGUAUCAUGGCGAGGCAAACGAAAGCCAAAAGAAGAACAGCCGGCUGAAGAAGUUGUACUUAAACCGGUACCGAAACAGAAGCCUGUAGAAGAAGAGAAGAAACCAGAAGAAUUGCAACUUAAGCCAACCAAAACAGACAAACCUGUUGAAGAAGCACAGCCAGAGGAGGUAUCAUGGCGAGGCAAACGGAAGCCAAAAGAAGAACAGCCAGCUGAAGAAGUUUUACUUAAACCGGUACCUAAACAGAAGCCUGUAGAGGACGAGAAGAAACCAGACGAAGUGCAACUUAAGCCAAUCAAAAAAGAAAAACCGAUUGAAGAGACACAACCAGAGGAAAUAUCUUGGCGAGGCAAACGUAAGCCAAAAGAAGAACAGCCAGCUGAAGAAGUUGUACUUAAGCCGGUACCCAAACAGAAGCCUGUAGAGGACGAGAAGAAACCAGAAGAAGUGCAACUUAAGCCGUUAAAAAAAGAAAAACCAAUUGAAGAGACGCAGCCAGAGGAUGUAUCAUGGCGAGGCAAACGCAGGCCGAAAGAAGAACAGCCGGCUGAAGAAGUUGUACUUAAACCGGUACCUGAACAGAAGCCUGUAGAGGACGAGAAGAAACCAGACGAAGUGCAACUUAAGCCAAUCAAAAAAGAAAAACCGAUUGAAGAGACACAACCAGAGGAAAUAUCUUGGCGAGGCAAACGUAAGCCAAAAGAAGAACAGCCAGCUGAAGAAGUUGUACUUAAGCCGGUACCCAAACAGAAGCCUGCAGAGGAUGAGAAGAAAUCAGAAGAAGUGCAACUUAAGCCAUUCAAAAAAGAAAAACCAAUUGAAGAGACGCAGCCAGAGGAGGUAUCAUGGCGAGGCAAACGCAGGCCGAAAGAAGAACAGCCGGCUGAAGAAGUUGUUCUUAAACCGGUACCUAAACAGAAACCUGUAGAAGAAGAGAAACCGGGAGACGUACAACUCAAGCCUAUAAAGAAGCAAAAGCCCAAGUCUGUUGAAGAAGAACAGCCUGAGGAUGUUUCUUGGCCUACCGGCAAGAGACGACCUAAAGAAGAGCAACCAGCGGAAGAGGUCGUCUUAAAGCCAGUGCCUAAACAGAAGCCUGCAGAAGAAGUAAAACCGGAAGAAGUACAACUCAAGCCUAUAAAGAAGCAAAAGCCCAAGUCUGUUGAAGAAGAACAGCCUGAGGAUGUUUCUUGGCCUACCGGCAAGAGACGACCUAAAGAAGAGCAACCAGCGGAAGAGGUCGUCUUAAAGCCAGUGCCUAAACAGAAGCCUGUAGAAGAAGUAAAACCGGAAGAAGUACAACUCAAGCCUAUAAAGAAGCAAAAGCCCAAGUCUGUUGAAGAAGAACAGCCUGAGGAUGUUUCUUGGCCUACCGGCAAGAGGCGACCUAAAGAAGAACAACCAGCGGAAGAGGUCUUGUUAAAGCCAGUGCCUAAACAGAAGCCUGUAGAAGAAAAGAUACCGGAAGAAGUACAACUCAAGCAUAUAAAGAAGCAAAAGUCGAAAUCUGUUGACGAAGAACAGCCUGAGGAUCUAAAACCUGUUAAAAAGGAGAAAUCACUAGACGAAACUAAAGAAGAAGAAGUCCAUGUUACAACUACAAAGAAAGAGAAAAAGAUAGCCAAAACACAGCACAUAGUUCAAAAAGUCAAGGAAGAAAUUGUAGAACAAGAAAAUCUUCAACCAGAGCUUUUCGAGAAGAUAGAAGAAGAAGAGAAACCAGAGGAAAUACAGCACAAAGUUAUCAAAAAGCAGAAAAAGAUCGCCAAGAAAGACGUUAUACAGGAAAUAAUUGUACUAGAUACACAGGAAGAUUCACAGCCUCAGAUCGAAGAAGAAGAUACGACAAUCGUAACAACUCAAGAAGAAGUAGACCAAAUUCAGCCAGAAGAAAAACCUGUAGUGACAGUACAAAAGCGUGUCAAAAAGGAGAAAAAGGUUGCUAGGGAAGAAAUCAAAGUAGACGAAAUCAUCACCGAGGACCAAACACAACCAGAAACAGAGAUUGAGGAAAAGAAAGAAGUGGCUGCACCAGUGAAACCAGUCGAAACAUUGCAAGCGGAAAAACCCGAGGAAGUAGAAACUAGAAAAAAAGUUCACAAAAAAGAAAAGGUUGUAGAGAAAGUUCAAGUCGAAACAGUUGUGCUAGAAAAACAAGAACAACCUGUACCCGAGGCUCAAGAAGAAGAGAUUACAACAGUCGUAACAACAGAAAGGAAAAGAACGAAGAUUAAGACUAAGAAGCCGGACAAAAAAAAAGUUGGACCGAUAAUUAUAGAACCCAUUAAAGCAAUGAAUAUCCCAGAAAAUAGCAAUGUUGAACUGUAUGUAUCUUAUGAAGCAGAUGAAGACAAAAAAGUGUUAUGGUAUUGCAACAACAAAGUACUUGAACCAAGUGACGAUUGCAUUAUUCAUACUGAAGCUGGUCAUUCGACGAUAGAAAUAAAAUCAGCAGAUAAAAAGAAAGUAGGAAAAUUUGAAGUAGUUAUUGAGUCCAAUAACAUGAUCACAAAAUCGGCAAGUACUGUUAAAAUUGUAAAGCCGUCUGAUGAGGCACACAUAAAACCCCCAAUAUUUAUUCGACCCGUAAGUUCCAAACAAGUCACAUUCGGUGCUAUUGAGCUAUUUGAAGCAGAAGUGAAAUCUACUCCUAGUGCGUCGUUCCAAUGGUUUAUUGGUACCAAGGAGGUAACUUCUUACGCAAAAGAAAAUAAAUUAAAUAAUAUUUAUAUCACUACUAAAGAUAAUGUAUCAUGUCUUUGUAUUGAAAAUAUGACUCCAGAUUUAGUAGACGUUAUCACCUGCCGAGCAGAAAAUUUUUCUGGUUCCGUAUCUUGUUCUGCUUCACUAGUGCCGAAAGAUAAAGAAACAGAUAUUAACGGUGAGAAACCAGAAUUCAUACAGCUUUUGAAAUCAGCUUCCAUAAUGGACGGAGAGCCUAUAGUAUUGUCAUGCGAAGUAAAGGGAAUUCCUUGGCCUAAAAUAGAAUGGUACCACGAUAAAAGGAUUAUAGAAAAAGCGAGAGACGUAGCAGUGGCAAGACAGGAAUCCGGUUUAUGUGAACUUCACAUUAAAGAAGCAUUCCCAGAAAUGUCGGGCACAUAUACGUGUAUAGCAACAAAUCCUUUCGGGAGUUGCUCCAGCGAAUGUAUUUUAACCGUAGAAGCUUAUGAAUAUGCAUCUGAGGAGGAUAUAUUGAGUGACGAGAAAACAAGUGACAUUGAAGAAUUUGCACCAAAGAUUGUUAAAGCCUUACCUACAGUUGUGUCUACGUCAGAGGGCACACUUACGAGGUUAGAGGCAAAAGCUAUAGGUAUGCCGAAGCCGCAGAUAAGAUGGUUGAAACACGGGAUGGAAAUUGUUCAUUCCCAAGAAUACCAGAUUGAAGAAAUGGGAGAUGGCACAUCAAUUUUAAUUAUUCCCGAGGUUUACCAAGAUGAUACGGGUGAAAUUAAAUUUGAAGCAUACAACCCUCUUGGAGUGGCAUCAACUAUUGCUGCACUAUCCGUCGAGAGUAUCAUUGGAACAAAAGAGUAUCGCAAACCAGAAUGGGUGACACAUAUGGAAGAAUUGCAAGCUGCACUGAAAGCUACUCAAUCUGUCCCGACUUUUGUAAAAGAAAUAUUAGGGGAACGUGUUCACGAAGAAGAUACUGUCAAGUUUGAGGCAAUUUACAGUGGAAACCCAGCCCCAGAAAUCCUAUGGUACAAGGACGAUAAAGUUAUUAGAACUGAUGAGCAAUAUACUGUUGAGAAUGUGGAUAAUCAUACCUGGUGUAUAAUUAAGAAAGCUAACAAAACAAAUGAGGGAACCUAUAUGUGCAAAGCUGUCAGUGACAUUGGAAUGGCAAUAACUAAAGCCAAAUUGCAAGUAUUCAAAGCAGGAGAAACCAUUAAAAAGGCUAAAACUGUAAGAGAAAAAACCAAACUUGAAAAAACGGGUAAACGAGAAAAAGAAGUGGUAGAAAAAGAACAAGCGAAAACAGUUUUAGAAGAAGCAACUCCUACCGUCACAGAGGAAGUACAAGAAAUUGAAGAGCCAAAACCAAUUAAAAAAGUGGCAAAAGAAAAGGUAACAGUUAAAUUAAGCUCAGCGGAGCACGUUGAAACUGUCGAUGUGGCUUCCUUUAAAAAGGUUGACAAAAAAGAAACGCCUGCACCCAAACCAGAAACUCUAAAGCCAGGUAUAACACCACAUGAGCAUCUCAUAUCGUCGCAACAGCAGAAAGAGGAAACGGCCGAAUCAUUUGAAAAAUCUCCCAUUGUGAAACAAAAAGGAAUUAUAAAAACAGUUGAGUCAGACUCCAAAAUGGUAGCGGAGAUUAAUGAGUUACUUGAAGUCAUCAAUGCCAGGGAGUUUGGGCCUGGCGAGUCACCAUUGAGAGAACUUGCAAAAAUAGGUUAUAUGUUAAGAACUGGUGUCACGACUGAAGAGAUAGAGAGUCUGUAUGAUUCCCAAUAUUUCCCAGCCCUGCGAGUGCCGCAAUCCCAAUCAGCCUUAGUGCAAUUGGUUGAGCGCCAAGGCCAUGGCGCACUCAUUACAGAAGUUCUUACAGAAGAAACGACACAAGACGAAGACGUAAUUGCCGCAAAGGUGGGCUUCCGCGCUUUUCUGAAGAUGGUGGAAAUGAAGGCCAGUUCUGUUGAAGAGGUCAUUGCUCACUUUUAUCCUGAAGACUUCAAACCGCGGUCUUGGGAACAAAGAGAAGCACAUGAGGUCAUCGUGGAGUCUUCAGCAGAACACGUCGCGGAAAGUCGUACAACGAAAGUCAUUAAAGAUGAUACAUCGGAGGUUAUCGAAGAAGAAGAUAUCAAAGAAAAAGAACAAGUCAGACGCAAAAAGCAUACUAAACAGAAAAACGUCUCCGAGUUACGCAUUGAAGAAGAAAUUGUUGGAGAAAGAAAUGCAGUUAAAACAGUCCAUCCUAGAGAAAAUGUUGAAGUUUAUGAAGACGACGAAGCAGGGUUACUUGAAACUGCAGAGAUAAUCUACAAAACUGUGACGGCUACCGAUAUUCAUGAAAAUAAAAUAGAAGUAGUCCCUGCUAGUGAGGUAUCUCAUAUAACACCAGACAAAAAAACCGAUAAAAUUAAGGCUAACCUUAAAAUUGACACUAACUAUCCAAUAGUUAACGCAUCUCAAAAAGCUGAAGAAAGAGAAGAAUCAUUGCAUAUUAAAGAACAAGUCAAACUUCAUGUCGAACCAUCUAUACCCGAAAAUGAGUCACUAGAAGUAACUGAAAUAGAAAUCAGCAAUUCACUGAACGAAUACUCAGCAGAUCGUGUUAAAGCCGACGUUAAAGCAGUGAAAAACAUUGUCCCAAUAGAAAGUUUAGUAACAACAGAAGUGCAAGCAGAUUUGGACCUGACCGAUCUGCAAAAACCUGAAACGUGCUUUAGUAGUGCUAAACCAUCUGUUAUAUUAAAAGAUGCUGUAAACGUAUCAGAACAAAUAACGAGCAUAAAGGAAGAGUCAUUCGACCAACUAGAGAUUAAGAAAUCAAAUGCAGCCGUCUCCAUUUCUCCCUUAUUAGGAUUAAGCGUUACAGAAGUUACGGAUGAACUAAAAGAAUAUGACAUUGAAAGUAAGACAACAGAAAAAGCCGCUACAUCUCGGCUUAAUUUCAAUUUGCAUGAAUCACUUCAAGUUGGAGAAGUUUUCGUUGAAGAUAAGUCUGGAAGAUAUUACCCAGAACUAAUAGUACCCACAGAAACAGCUCGAAAAGAUGUUUUAACAUCUAACCAGAUUUUAACGGAAGUACAUGAUGUUCAAGAAAAGGAAGGGUUAUUACAAGCUCUGAAACUGCCACCAGCACAGGAAGCCAAUGUUGACGUAACAAUUAAAGAUAGCUUCCAAGUAACUAUUGAUGAGACACACGAAAAAGAAGGUGAAUUCAUUAAAAAAGAAUUACCUGCAACAGUUAAAGUAGAUAAAGAUUUAUCCUUGCACACAAGUUUAAAUACAUCUAUAGUAAGUUCACACAUUAAAGAGACAGAUUUUGUGCCCGAGCCCUUGCCAAGUAAGAAAGCCAAUAUAGGUGUGAGCGAACAUCAGCAUAAGUUUAAUUUGGAAACAAACAUUCAUGAAUCAGAAAUUAACUUAGAGGAAACCAAAGCUGUACUGGGUACACAUGCUGACAUUUCAAUUUCAUUACUAGAUAAAAACUUUGUUGAAGAAGUUCAAAUCAAUGAAAGUGAAAAAGAUCUUUUAAUUAAAGAUGAUAAGUAUACUGCCACAGCAGAUAUGGAUGUUCGUGUUGUCGAACCAAUAAUAACAUCUGAAACUCUGCAGAUGACUUCCAUCGGCGAGCUUAAAUUGCAGGAUAAGGUCCAAGAUGAAUCAGCCACGGAGACAGUUAUUACUUCAAAUGCCAAAAUUGUAACAGUGCCUCUAAUACACGAGCAAGAAACAUCAGAAGAGUACUUAACCAAAAAAUCUGAGACAAUCACACUGUCAGUGGUCCCUAAUAUUCCCUUAACUAUAUAUGAAAAUGAGUCAUCGGAAUCUGAGAAUAAACUUACUUUAAAUAAAAUACCAGAGGUUAGUUCUACGAAACCUUUGCCUACUCAUCAAUUAAAAACACCAAUAUCUGAAGAGAUAAAUACGGCUGAUCAAAUUAAUUUCAUUCCAUUGACUUCUAACGUUACCGAAAAGGCAUCAGAAGUUUAUAGAGAUUUGCAUAAAGAAAUCACUAUUUUACAAACAACAGUCCAAGAACAACUAGACAAGUUAGAUGAAAACCAAACCAACCAUAGCAAAGCUGUACCUACGUUUGUUGAAAAUGAAAGUUUAAAUGUUACCGAAAUAGUUUCAAGCGUUACUGAAAAUCAACUAUCCUCUGAAAGGGAUAAACUUGAUGUGUUCGCUAAACCCGAUAUAGAGACGAAUCACAAGAUUGCCAUAACAUCUGAACCUAUUCUAAGAGAAGCUGUUGAUAAAAUGGAAUCAUUAACACCUAAACUUGAAACAGCUAGCCUCAAUACAUCCAAUAUGCUUAGCUCAUUGCAGAUUUCUGAAAAUAAGGUGUUAGAUUCGCAAGCAAUUCUGCAAGAUAGUGUGAAACCCAAUCUUCAAUCUAUACUUCCCGAAAUAAUACCAUCCCAGGAAUUAAAUAUCACGGAAGUAUAUCAAAAUGAGAAAGAGACAGAAUACGCAUCGAAAGACUUACCAGAGGUAUUUACCGCUCCGUCGCAAGUUAUAUCGUUACGAGCAGUAGCUGUAAGCUCAGAGUUAAUACCUGACUCUAGCGUUGGUUUCACAGAAAGUGAAAAUAUAGACAUAAGAUCUAAACAAGCGACCAUGGAUAACGUAGCGCAUCAUGAACUUCAGAUAACUUCAACGAAUUAUAAUGAAAAAGAAAGUUCUUUUGAGCGAGCUCCUGUCCUAAAUACUGUAUCUGCUAAAAUAAGUAUAGACUCCACUCAGGCCAUUUUGGUGGAAGAAAACAAACCUGAACUCGCUGCAAGAAACUUUGAAACAAUUAGUGAUUUAGCUUGGGCAAAAGCAAAACAAGGCGCCAUACCACAAGAAGCAAUAACUCAAGAAGAAACAAUUGUACAUUUAUCAGAAGGCAUAAUAAUGUCCGAAGAAAAAGGAGAUACGGCAAAAUCUGCAGUCUCAGUGACAACACUCCAAGCACCACAAUACGAUGAGAAAGUUACUGCCGAAAGUGAAAAUCCGUUGACAUUAAACUUAUCACCAGAUCAGCAAAGUGCCAAUGUUUCGUUUACUUCUCGACACAGCAUACAGAUAUCGGAAACUUUAACACAAUCUGAAAAUUUGCAAAGUACUGAUACCUUCGACGCGGGAUAUAAAACUGCUUUACCUAAAAUGGAUGAAAUAUAUGGUAAAGCAGCACAUACCGAGGAAGUUAUAGUGAACCAACAGACAGAAGAACUCCUAAAUGAAAAAAUGGCUGUCAAGCAAACAGAUGUUACAACUGUCCCAUCUUAUACAUUAGAACAAACGGAAAUAAUUGCAGCGGAAACGGAGAUUGAAUUACCUAAACGAACUACAAUAACAUCAAAUAUUGAACCAGAUAUUACCGAAACCCAAGCACUUAUUAUGAGUUGUACUGAAACGAUAGAUAAGGAAAAGGAAUUUUUCGAAAAGUUUUCAGUCCCAACUCAAGAUGCUACUAUUGCUUUUGUGCCUCUAAUUAGCACUGUAAACACUGAAGUGCUAUCAACAAAUGCUACAGAAAAUCUACUAGAAAAAGCGCCAGAAACUUCUCAAGCAACAAUUACAAGUGAUGACCUACGUAAACAUUUACAGGGACUAGAAAUAUUACACGCAGAGAAAGAAACCGAUUUAGCACCCAGUCAGAAAGAACAUAAACAAGCAGCAACGGAAAAAAUUAUCGAAAUAUCUGCAAAAGAAAUAUCAGAAGUCAAUGUCAACGAAAAAGAAACGGAGUUGUCAAAAAUGUUAGAUAUGUUUACGACUACUGCUAAACCAGCGUUUGAUGAACAGCAAUCACUAUUUAGUUCAGAAGUUAUUGUAAAUCAGGAAAUUGAAGAACUUCACGUGUCCGGGACUACGAUGUUAAAUGCACUUACUACUCAUGGAAUGAAAGAAGCCAUUCAAAAUUUAGAGCCAUUUAUAGGAGAAAGCGAAGACUUAUUUGCCGAAACAACACCUGCCAAAACGGAAUUGGUAAAACCCGUAGUUGAAGGGAAACAAUGUGCAGGCGUGUCAGAAGUGAUGCCAACAGAAAAAGAAGAUAUUUUCCUUGUUAAUGAGAUAACCCCACAUAAAAAGCAGCUAGAACCAACCGACAGUGUUAAAUUACAUUCUAGUGUAGGUAUAGAUGAAACCGUACCAAUUGAAUCUGAAGCCGAAUUACCACUUUGUUCAGAUUUGGAACAUAAAGCGGGAAUGACUGUUCUUCCUGAAGAUUACAUAAAUGUCUCAGAGACCACUGUAAUAGAAAACGAAAACAUUUUACAAGCUGAUCAAACUCCUAAAAGUGCUACGUACAAUGUGAAUUUGGACGCACAUCGACAUUUAAAUGUCGAAAUAUGUCAAUAUACAGAAACAGAAGAAGCAAUUAAGAAUGACGAGCCAGUGACACGAAAAGAAAUUCUUGAUUUUUCUUUAGAACCAGUGAGGCCCCUUUAUAUCACAGAAACGAAAUCUGAAGAAAGACAUGAAGAACUAAUACUGGGUAAAAAAGCAGUGGAACUAAGUCCAAAUAUUAACCUCGAAGUAGGUGACCACAUAAACAUCACAGAAACAGUUGUUUUAGAAAAGGAUGAUGACUUGAAAUUAGGAUUGUUAAAUAAAAUGGAACAUGGUAAAUCAAAUGUCGAAACAUCGAAACAUAUAACCAUAACCGAAACAGAUAUUAGAGAGGAUGAUUAUCCUUUAGAAAAUAUAUUGCAAGCUGUAUCUAAGCAAUCAGACAUAUCCUUUGAGGCUAAAAUACCAAUACAAGUGCAAGAAGUUCUAUUUAAAGAAAGUGGCUCAGAUCUAGCGCAGUAUACUAAACCACGAGAAGAAGUACUUAAUAUGUCUAUAGAAUCUCAACAACAUAUCACUGUAACCGACGCAUUAGUAGGAGAAAACGAAAUUGCGAUACAAGUUGAUCAAAUUCCACAAAGCACAGAAAAUCAGGUUAAAGUAGAACCAAUGCAGCAUGUAAUGACAAACGAGACAACAGCAAUUGAAGAGGGUAUAGAAUUUUCAGGCAGUAAGUCUUACAAAGAUGAAAAGGCUUCUGAAUCUCAAGCAGUUACAGAAGCUCUUUACAGUGAACAGACACAUGUCAUUGAGAGCGUAAGCACAAUGAAAACAACUUGUACACCUGAAUUAUCUACUGCUGACCAAGAAAUAGUCGGACUAAAACCACUUGAACAGACAGAAGUAUUAGUAGAAGAAAAUCCUGACGUUUUCGAUAAAUAUCAUCCUAAGGGAGAAACAGCACAAACAGUGCAAACCACGAAAAAGGAAAUAGUGUUUAGCCAACCAGAAAUUCUUGAAAGUACUACAAACCUGUCCGAAAAAUUCGAAACUGAACCUUCCCAAGUUCAACUUGAGCUCGAAUUACAUAAAAGCUGCAUAAUAUCUGAGAACACAGCUGAGGAACAGCCAGAAAUCAUCAAAACUUCGGAAGAAUCUGGUAAGUACGCUGAAAAACAAAUAAUAGAAAUGAAAUCACUGCAACAGACGGAAAUAAUAGCGAAUGAAAAAUCCGAACCCCUUGCAAAAUUCCAUCAAGACAAAAAUGAAAAUGCCAUAACGAGUCAAAAUACUUUACAAGAGUUAACCAGUGCAGAACCAGCCAUAUUCGAAAAUGUUACUAAUUUACCUUCAUCAGUUACAUUAGAGAGAGGUAAGGCUUCAGCAGAUGUAGAAACACACAAAAGUUACAUUGUUAGCGAUAAUAUUGCACACGAAGAAUCUGAAGACAUCACCAUAGAAGGUAAGAAAAUAAGUUCGAUUGUGGGGCAGGUCUUAGAGUUUAAACCUUUACAACAAACAGAAUUUUUUGUCGGCGAAAAUACUUCUCCAAUGUGUACAGUUAAACAAGAAGGAAAAACUAUAACUGUCACACCAAUCGAAAAUGAAUCUGUUAGUCAGACUGAUGUUAUUGUACAUGAAACUGGAACUGAGACAUCGUUUGAAAAACCAAUACAGAUGGACACUGCUUCGUUAUCUCUAAAUACAACACAAGGUGUUACGGUAUGUGAAGUAACCCAUGAAAGCGCUCCAGAAGACUUUGUUCUUCAUGAAGGUAAACAAGUGAAAGCAGAUAAAACUGUGGCUCCAUUAUCACACUUACAAUGCACGGAAAAUAUAUCAGAAAUACACGUAGACGAAUUAACAACACAAUCGACACAGAGUAAAAUUCCUACAGUUGUAACUAGCGAAAUAGCACCACUCAUAAUCACAGACAAUACUUGUCUUCUUCAAGAGGAAAAACUUCAAAUAACACAACCAAAGACUCAAAACGUUCGUGAAAGCCUUACUAUAGCGAAUGAACUAGAAGUGACAGAUGAAUUUGUCAAUGAACACGUUGUGCCCUACAAAGACGAUUUCUUGGAAAUAAAGAAAACAGGCAAACUCACACAAAUGAGUGACACUAAGCACCAACUCACUAUAUCAGAGCAGGAGACGCGUUUCCUAGAAAAAACUGACGAUACAUAUUCUUCGCCUAAAGUAUCAGACACUGAAGAAACUGAGGAAAUAGUAACCAAAUUUUCACAAGCAUCAACCGGGGAACCAAUUCAAAUAAAAACUAAACGAACAAUUUUAAGAAAGAAGAAAACCCACCAAGGAGAUGCCGUAGAAAAUGACGUUGUAAUAGAAGAGAAAUUAGACGAGGAUGAUAUAAUUAAACCAAUUACACAGCAUACUGUCGAUAUAGAGGAAUUUGAAGAAACCGACUUAACACCUAUUAAGGAGAUGGCAAAAGGAACCGUAGAAAUGCCCGAUGAUUAUUUGCAUGUACCACAAUUAGAAUCACAAGUGCAAAUAGAAGAACUCGUUGAAGAUUAUUCUAAAACACCCGAGAGUCCAAAUCAGGAGGUAACGGUAGUUGCAGACGACAAAACGAAGACAGAGAAAAAAAUAAAAAUCACAAAACGAGUCAUCAAGAAGAAGCAAGGAUCGGAUGAAAAAAUGAUUGAAUCAGUUGUUGUUCAAGACGACGAAGCUCAGGAACUACCAGAGGAGACAACCAUAGAAGACGUAACUUUCGAUGAAAACACAGUCAUCAGACAAGACUCGCCUAAAAUAUCUGACACAGAGGAAACCGAAGAAAUUGUAACCAAGUUUACACAAGCUCCAAAUGGGGAAACGAUACAAACCAAAACAAAACGUACUAUAAUAAGAAAAAAGAAAACAAAAUUACAUAAAGAUUCUGUGGACAAUGACGUAGUAAUUGAAGAAAAAUUAGACGAUGACGAUACAGAAAAACAUCCAAGGGUUCAACAUCAUCAAGUUGACAUAGAAGAAUUUGAAGAUACUGAUUACAUGCCCAUUAAAGAUACCGCAAGAGGAAAGAUUGAAUUACCCGAAGAUUAUCCGCAUGUACCGAAAAUAGAAUCACAGGUUAAAAUAGAGGAAGUUACGGAAGAAACAACAACACCAUUCGAAACACAAGUCGCAGUAGAAGACACAGAGAAACCUACAGCCACUGAAUCACCAGAAAACAUAAUAAUAGAGGAGUUUACAACGCCAGAAGGCAAAACAGUAAAAAAGAAAACAGUUAAGAAAAUAACCAAACGUACAAAAGGUGAUGAAAUUGAAACGACACAAAUAACAACAGAAAAAAUAGGUGACACAACACCAACAUUCCUGAGUUAUACUGAAAAUGAACAAACUGAUGACAUAGUCACACCAUUCGAGAGCACACAACUAAAUGACAAGGCUAAAGUCAUCGAGGAAAAACCCGAAAAAGUAGAGAUUUCACAAAUUCACACAGAAACUGGAGAAGUCCAAAAGGUCAAAACGACUAAGCGCAUUGUUAAAAAGGGCCUUAAGAAAGAUGUCACUGAAAUAACUACCAUCGAAAAAGGAAGUGAAGAGCCUAUCACAACGGUUGCCGUUGCUCCUGCGCCAAAAGAAGAAAAACCAACACCAAUAGAGACCGUAGAACUGCCAGAAGAAGUAGCAGAAGUAAGCGAAAUUACUCCUGAAGGUAAGACAAUAAAGAAGAAAACUAUAAAGAGGAUCAUUAAGCGUAAGAAGGGACCAAUUACAGAAACCACACAAAUAAUUACUGAACAACAAGAUGAUCAAACACCAAUUAUAACAGUACACUCUAGCGAAGAAUUCACAGAUGACACAGUUGCUCCCUUCGAGGAUACACAACUUUAUGACAAGGCUAAAGUAAUCGAGGAAGAACCCGAAAAAGUUGAAAUUUCUCAAAUUCGCACAGAAACUGGGGAAGUUAAAAAGGUCAAGACUACUAAGCGCAUCAUUAAAAAGGGCCCUAAGAAAGAAGUCACUGAAAUAACAACCAUCGAAAAAGAAGGUGAAGAGCCCAUCACAACGGUUACUGUUGCUCCAGCACCAGAAGAGGAGCAACCAACACACAUAGAGACCGUCGAGCUGCCAGAGGAAGUAGCAGAAGUGAGCGAAACUACUCCUGAAGGUAAGACGAUUAAGAAGAAAACUAUAAAGAGGGUUAUUAAGCGUAAGAAGGGACCAAUUACAGAAACCACGCAAAUUACUACUGAACAAGAGGGUGACCAAACACCUGUAAUAUCAGUACACACAACUGAAGAAUUAACAGAAGAUGCAGUCACACCUUUUGAAGAGUCAAAACAUGAUAAGGCAAAGAUUGUUGAGGAAGAACCAGAAAAAGUUGAAAUAACUCAGGUUCGGACAGAAACUGGCGUAGUCAAAAAGAUAAAAACUACUAAGCGUGUUAUCAAAAAGGGCCCUAAGAAAGAAGUAACUGUAAUAACGACCAUCGAAAAAGAAGGUGAAGAGCCCAUCACGACGGUCACUGUUGCUCCAGCACCAGAAGAGGAGCAACCAACACAGAUAGAGACCGUCGAAAUGCCAGAGGAAGUAGCAGAAGUGAGCGAAAUUACUCCUGAAGGUAAGACGAUUAAGAAGAAAACUAUAAAGAGGGUUAUUAAGCGUAAGAAGGGCCCAAUUACAGAAACCACACAAAUAACCACUGAACAACAGGACGACCAAACACCAAUUAUAUCAGUACACACUACCGAAGAAUUCACAGAUGACACAGUUGCUCCAUUCGAGGAUAUACAACUUUAUGACAAGGCUAAGAUGGUUGAGGAAGAACCAGAAAAAGUUGAAAUAUCUCAGGUUCGCACAGAAACUGGCGAAGUCAAACGGAUCAAAACUACUAAGCGCGUUAUCAAAAAGGGCCCUAAGAAAGAAGUUACUGAAAUAACGACAAUCGAAAAAGAAGGUGAAGAGCCCAUCACAACGGUCACUGUUGCUCCAGCACCAGAAGAGGAGCAACCAAUACCGAUUGAGACCGUCGAGCUGCCAGAGGAAGUAGCAGAAGUGAGCGAAACUACUCCUGAAGGUAAGACGAUUAAGAAGAAAACUAUAAAGAGGGUUAUUAAGCGUAAGAAGGGACCAAUUACAGAAACCACACAAAUAACCACUGAACAACAAGACGACCAAACACCAAUUAUAUCAGUACACACUACCGAAGAAUUCACAGAUGACACAGUUGCUCCAUUCGAGGAUACACAACUUUAUGACAAGGCUAAGAUGGUUGAAGAAGAACCAGAAAAAGUUGAAAUAUCUCAGGUUCGCACAGAAACUGGCGAAGUCAAACGGAUCAAAACUACUAAGCGCGUUAUCAAAAAGGGCCCUAAAAAAGAAGUUACUGAAAUAACGACAAUCGAAAAAGAAGGUGAAGAGCCCAUCACGACGGUCACUGUUGCUCCAGUACCAGAAGAGGAGCAACCAACACCGAUAGAGACCAUCGAGCUGCCAGAGGAAGUAGCAGAAGUAAGCGAAACUACUCCUGAAGGUAAGAUGAUUAAGAAGAAAACUAUAAAGAGGGUUAUUAAGCGUAAGAAGAGACCAAUUACAGAAACCACACAAAUAACCACUGAACAACAGGACGACCAAACACCAAUUAUAUCAGUACACACUACCGAAGAAUUCACAGAUGACACAGUUGCUCCAUUCGAGGAUACACAACUUUAUGACAAGGCUAAGAUCGUUGAGGAAGAACCAGAAAAAGUUGAAAUAUCUCAGGUUCGCACAGAAACUGGUCAAGUCAAAAAGAUAAAAACUACUAAGCGCGUCAUCAAAAAGGGCCCUAAGAAAGAAGUUACUGAAAUAACGACAAUCGAAAAAGAAGGUGAAGAGCCCAUUACGACGGUCACUAUUGCUCCAGCACCAGAAGAGGAGCAACCAACACCGAUAAAGACCAUCGAGCUGCCAGAGGAAGUAGCAGAAGUAAGCGAAACUACUCCCGAAGGUACGACGAUUAAGAAGAAAACUAUAAAGAGGGUUAUUAAGCGUAAGAAGGGACCAAUUACAGAAACCACACAAAUAACCACUGAACAACAAGACGAUCAAACACCAAUUAUAUCAGUACACACUACCGAAGAAUUCACCGAUGACACAGUCGCUCCAUUCGAGGAUACACAACUUUAUGACAAGGCUAAGAUAGUUGAGGAAGAACCAGAAAAAAUUGAAAUAUCUCAGGUUCGCACAGAAACUGGCCAAGUCAAAAAGAUAAAAACUACUAAGCGCGUCAUCAAAAAGGGCCCUAAGAACGAAGUUACUGAAAUAACGACCAUCGAAAAAGAAGGUGAAGAGCCUAUCACGACGGUCACUGUUGCUCCAGCACCAGAAGAGGAGCAACCAACACCGAUAGAGACCGUCGAGCUGCCAGAGGAAGUAGCAGAAGUUAGCGAAACUACUCCUGAAGGUAAGACAAUUAAGAAGAAAACUAUAAAGAGGGUUAUUAAGCGUAAGAAGGGACCAAUUACAGAAACCACACAAAUAAUUACUGAACAACAAGAUGAUCAAACACCAAUUAUAACAGUACACUCUAGCGAAGAAUUCACCGAUGACACAGUUGCUCCCUUCGAGGAUACACAACUUUAUGAAAAGGCUAAGAUCGUUGAGGAAGAACCAGAAAAAGUUGAAAUAUCUCAGGUUCGCACAGAAACAGGCCAAGUCAAAAAGAUCAGAACUACUAAGCGCAUCAUCAAAAAGGGCCCUAAGAACGAAGUCACUGAAAUAACGACCAUCGAAAAAGAAGGUGAAGAGCCCAUCACGACGGUCACUAUUGCUCCAGGACCAGAAGAGGAACAACCCACACUGAUUGAGAGCGUCGAGCUGCCAGAGGAAGUAGCCGAAGUUAGCGAAACUACUCCUGAAGGUAAGACGGUUAAGAAGAAAACUAUAAAGAGGGUUAUUAAGCGUAAGAAGGGACCUAUUACAGAAACCACACAAAUAACCACUGAACAACAAGACGACCAAACACCAAUUAUAUCAGUACACACUACCGAAGAAUUCACAGAUGACACAGUCGCUCCAUUCGAAGAUACACAACUUUAUGAAAAGGCUAAGAUGGUUGAGGAAGAAGCAGAAAAAGUUGAAAUAUCUCAGGUUCGCACAGAAACUGGCGAAGUCAAAAAGAUCAAAACUACUAAGCGCGUCAUCAAAAAGGGCCCUAAGAAAGAAGUCACUGAAAUAACGACCAUCGAAAAAGAAGGUGAAGAGCCCAUCACGACGGUCACUGUUGCUCCAGGACCAGAAGAGGAACAACCAACACUGAUUGAGAGCGUCGAGCUGCCAGAGGAAGUAGCCGAAGUUAGCGAAACUACUCCUGAAGGUAAGACGGUUAAGAAGAAAACUAUAAAGAGGGUUAUUAAGCGUAAGAAGGGACCUAUUACAGAAACCACACAAAUAACCACUGAACAACAAGACGACCAAACACCAAUUAUAUCAGUACACACUACCGAAGAAUUCACAGAUGACACAGUCGCUCCCUUCAAGGAUACACUACUUUAUGACAAGGCUAAAAUCAUCGAGGAAGAACCUGAAAAAGUUGAAAUUUCUCAAAUUCGCACAGAAACUGGGGAAGUUAAAAAGAUCAAAACUACUAAGCGCGUCAUCAAAAAGGGCCCUAAGAAAGAAGUCACUGAAAUAACGACCAUCGAAAAAGAAGGUGAAGAGCCCAUCACGACGGUCACUGUUGCUCCAGGACCAGAAGAGGAACAACCAACACCGAUUGAGACCGUCGAGCUGCCAGAGGAAGUAGCCGAAGUUAGCGAAACUACUCCUGAAGGUAAGACGGUUAAGAAGAAAACUAUAAAGAGGGUUAUUAAGCGUAAGAAGGGACCAAUUACAGAAAUCACACAAAUCACCACUGAACAACAAGACGACCAAACACCAAUUAUAUCAGUACACACUACCGAAGAAUUCACAGAUGACACAGUCGCUCCAUUGGAGGAAACACAACUCUAUGACAAGGCUAAGAUCGUUGAGGAAGAACCAGAAAAAGUUGAAAUAUCUCAGGUUCGCACAGAAACUGGCGAAGUCAAAAAGAUCAAAACUACUAAGCGCAUCAUCAAAAAGGGCCCUAAGAAAGAAGUCACUGAAAUAACAACCAUCGAAAAAGAAGGUGAAGAGCCCAUCACAACGGUUACUGUUGCUCCAGCACCAGAAGAGGAGCAACCAACACAGAUAGAGACCGUCGAGCUGCCAGAGGAAGUUGCAGAAGUGAGCGAAACUACUCCUGAAGGUAAGACGAUUAAGAAGAAAACUAUAAAGAGGGUUAUUAAGCGUAAGAAGGGACCAAUUACAGAAACCACACAAAUAACCACUGAACAACAAGACGAUCAAACACCAAUUAUAUCAGUACACACUACCGAAGAAUUCACCGAUGACACAGUCGCUCCAUUCGAGAAUACACAACUUUAUGACAAGGCUAAGAUCGUUAAGGAAGAACCAGAAAAAGUUGAAAUAUCUCAGGUUCGCACAGAAACUGGCGAAGUCAAAAAGAUCAAAACUACUAAGCGCAUCAUCAAAAAGGGCCCUAAGAAAGAAGUCACUGAAAUAACAACCAUCGAAAAAGAAGGCGAAGAGCCCAUCACAACGGUCACUGUUGCUCCAGCACCAGAAGAGGAGCAACCAAUACCGAUUGAGACCGUCGAGCUGCCAGAGGAAGUAGCAGAAGUGAGCGAAACUACUCCUGAAGGUAAGACGAUUAAGAAGAAAACUAUAAAGAGGGUUAUUAAGCGUAAGAAGGGACCAAUUACAGAAACCACACAAAUAACCACUGAACAACAAGACGACCAAACACCAAUUAUAUCAGUACACACUACCGAAGAAUUCACAGAUGACACAGUUGCUCCAUUCGAGGAUACACAACUUUAUGACAAGGCUAAGAUGGUUGAAGAAGAACCAGAAAAAGUUGAAAUAUCUCAGGUUCGCACAGAAACUGGCGAAGUCAAACGGAUCAAAACUACUAAGCGCGUUAUCAAAAAGGGCCCUAAAAAAGAAGUUACUGAAAUAACGACAAUCGAAAAAGAAGGUGAAGAGCCCAUCACGACGGUCACUGUUGCUCCAGUACCAGAAGAGGAGCAACCAACACCGAUAGAGACCAUCGAGCUGCCAGAGGAAGUAGCAGAAGUAAGCGAAACUACUCCUGAAGGUAAGAUGAUUAAGAAGAAAACUAUAAAGAGGGUUAUUAAGCGUAAGAAGAGACCAAUUACAGAAACCACACAAAUAACCACUGAACAACAGGACGACCAAACACCAAUUAUAUCAGUACACACUACCGAAGAAUUCACAGAUGACACAGUUGCUCCAUUCGAGGAUACACAACUUUAUGACAAGGCUAAGAUCGUUGAGGAAGAACCAGAAAAAGUUGAAAUAUCUCAGGUUCGCACAGAAACUGGUCAAGUCAAAAAGAUAAAAACUACUAAGCGCGUCAUCAAAAAGGGCCCUAAGAAAGAAGUUACUGAAAUAACGACAAUCGAAAAAGAAGGUGAAGAGCCCAUUACGACGGUCACUAUUGCUCCAGCACCAGAAGAGGAGCAACCAACACCGAUAAAGACCAUCGAGCUGCCAGAGGAAGUAGCAGAAGUAAGCGAAACUACUCCCGAAGGUACGACGAUUAAGAAGAAAACUAUAAAGAGGGUUAUUAAGCGUAAGAAGGGACCAAUUACAGAAACCACACAAAUAACCACUGAACAACAAGACGAUCAAACACCAAUUAUAUCAGUACACACUACCGAAGAAUUCACCGAUGACACAGUCGCUCCAUUCGAGGAUACACAACUUUAUGACAAGGCUAAGAUAGUUGAGGAAGAACCAGAAAAAAUUGAAAUAUCUCAGGUUCGCACAGAAACUGGCCAAGUCAAAAAGAUAAAAACUACUAAGCGCGUCAUCAAAAAGGGCCCUAAGAACGAAGUUACUGAAAUAACGACCAUCGAAAAAGAAGGUGAAGAGCCUAUCACGACGGUCACUGUUGCUCCAGCACCAGAAGAGGAGCAACCAACACCGAUAGAGACCGUCGAGCUGCCAGAGGAAGUAGCAGAAGUUAGCGAAACUACUCCUGAAGGUAAGACAAUUAAGAAGAAAACUAUAAAGAGGGUUAUUAAGCGUAAGAAGGGACCAAUUACAGAAACCACACAAAUAAUUACUGAACAACAAGAUGAUCAAACACCAAUUAUAACAGUACACUCUAGCGAAGAAUUCACCGAUGACACAGUUGCUCCCUUCGAGGAUACACAACUUUAUGAAAAGGCUAAGAUCGUUGAGGAAGAACCAGAAAAAGUUGAAAUAUCUCAGGUUCGCACAGAAACAGGCCAAGUCAAAAAGAUCAGAACUACUAAGCGCAUCAUCAAAAAGGGCCCUAAGAACGAAGUCACUGAAAUAACGACCAUCGAAAAAGAAGGUGAAGAGCCCAUCACGACGGUCACUAUUGCUCCAGGACCAGAAGAGGAACAACCCACACUGAUUGAGAGCGUCGAGCUGCCAGAGGAAGUAGCCGAAGUUAGCGAAACUACUCCUGAAGGUAAGACGGUUAAGAAGAAAACUAUAAAGAGGGUUAUUAAGCGUAAGAAGGGACCUAUUACAGAAACCACACAAAUAACCACUGAACAACAAGACGACCAAACACCAAUUAUAUCAGUACACACUACCGAAGAAUUCACAGAUGACACAGUCGCUCCAUUCGAAGAUACACAACUUUAUGAAAAGGCUAAGAUGGUUGAGGAAGAAGCAGAAAAAGUUGAAAUAUCUCAGGUUCGCACAGAAACUGGCGAAGUCAAAAAGAUCAAAACUACUAAGCGCGUCAUCAAAAAGGGCCCUAAGAAAGAAGUCACUGAAAUAACGACCAUCGAAAAAGAAGGUGAAGAGCCCAUCACGACGGUCACUGUUGCUCCAGGACCAGAAGAGGAACAACCAACACUGAUUGAGAGCGUCGAGCUGCCAGAGGAAGUAGCCGAAGUUAGCGAAACUACUCCUGAAGGUAAGACGGUUAAGAAGAAAACUAUAAAGAGGGUUAUUAAGCGUAAGAAGGGACCUAUUACAGAAACCACACAAAUAACCACUGAACAACAAGACGACCAAACACCAAUUAUAUCAGUACACACUACCGAAGAAUUCACAGAUGACACAGUCGCUCCCUUCAAGGAUACACUACUUUAUGACAAGGCUAAAAUCAUCGAGGAAGAACCUGAAAAAGUUGAAAUUUCUCAAAUUCGCACAGAAACUGGGGAAGUUAAAAAGAUCAAAACUACUAAGCGCGUCAUCAAAAAGGGCCCUAAGAAAGAAGUCACUGAAAUAACGACCAUCGAAAAAGAAGGUGAAGAGCCCAUCACGACGGUCACUGUUGCUCCAGGACCAGAAGAGGAACAACCAACACCGAUUGAGACCGUCGAGCUGCCAGAGGAAGUAGCCGAAGUUAGCGAAACUACUCCUGAAGGUAAGACGGUUAAGAAGAAAACUAUAAAGAGGGUUAUUAAGCGUAAGAAGGGACCAAUUACAGAAAUCACACAAAUCACCACUGAACAACAAGACGACCAAACACCAAUUAUAUCAGUACACACUACCGAAGAAUUCACAGAUGACACAGUCGCUCCAUUGGAGGAAACACAACUCUAUGACAAGGCUAAGAUCGUUGAGGAAGAACCAGAAAAAGUUGAAAUAUCUCAGGUUCGCACAGAAACUGGCGAAGUCAAAAAGAUCAAAACUACUAAGCGCAUCAUCAAAAAGGGCCCUAAGAAAGAAGUCACUGAAAUAACAACCAUCGAAAAAGAAGGUGAAGAGCCCAUCACAACGGUUACUGUUGCUCCAGCACCAGAAGAGGAGCAACCAACACAGAUAGAGACCGUCGAGCUGCCAGAGGAAGUUGCAGAAGUGAGCGAAACUACUCCUGAAGGUAAGACGAUUAAGAAGAAAACUAUAAAGAGGGUUAUUAAGCGUAAGAAGGGACCAAUUACAGAAACCACACAAAUAACCACUGAACAACAAGACGAUCAAACACCAAUUAUAUCAGUACACACUACCGAAGAAUUCACCGAUGACACAGUCGCUCCAUUCGAGAAUACACAACUUUAUGACAAGGCUAAGAUCGUUAAGGAAGAACCAGAAAAAGUUGAAAUAUCUCAGGUUCGCACAGAAACUGGCGAAGUCAAAAAGAUCAAAACUACUAAGCGCAUCAUCAAAAAGGGCCCUAAGAAAGAAGUCACUGAAAUAACAACCAUCGAAAAAGAAGGCGAAGAGCCCAUCGCAACGGUUACUGUUGCUCCAGCACCAGAAGAGGAGCAACCAACACAGAUAGAGACCGUCGAGCUGCCAGAGGAAGUAGCAGAAGUGAGCGAAACUACUCCUGAAGAAACUGGCGAAGUCAAAAAGAUCAAAACUACUAAACGCAUCAUCAAAAAGGGCCCGAAGAAACAAGUAACUGAAAUAACGACAAUCGAAAAAGAAGGUGAAGAGCCCAUCACGACGGUCACUGUUGCUCCAGCACCAGAAGAGGAGCAACCAACACCGAUUGAGACCGUCGAGCUGCCAGAGGAAGUAGCAGAAGUGAGCGAAACUACUCCUGAAGAAACUGGGGAAGUUAAAAAGAUCAGAACUACUAAGCGCGUCAUCAAAAAGGGCCCUAAGAAAGAAGUUACUGAAAUAACGACAAUCGAAACAGAAGGUGAAGAGCCCAUUACGACGGUCACUUUUGGUCCAGCACCAGAAGAAAAGCAACCAACACUGAUAAAGACCAUCGAGCUACCAGAGGAAGUAGCAGAAGUUAGCGAAACUACUCCUGAAGGUAAGACGAUUAAAAAGAAAACUAUAAAGAGGGUUAUUAAGCGUAAGAAGGGACCAAUUACAGAAACCACACAAAUAACCACUGAACAACAAGACGAUCAAACACCAAUUAUAUCAGUACACACUACCGAAGAAUUCACCGAUGACACAGUCGCUCCAUUCGAGAAUACACAACUUUAUGACAAGGCUAAGAUCGUUAAGGAAGAACCAGAAAAAGUUGAAAUAUCUCAGGUUCGCACAGAAACUGGCGAAGUCAAAAAGAUCAAAACUACUAAGCGCAUCAUCAAAAAGGGCCCUAAGAAAGAAGUCACUGAAAUAACAACCAUCGAAAAAGAAGGCGAAGAGCCCAUCACAACGGUUACUGUUGCUCCAGCACCAGAAGAGGAGCAACCAACACAGAUAGAGACCGUCGAGCUGCCAGAGGAAGUAGCAGAAGUGAGCGAAACUACUCCUGAAGGUAAGACGAUUAAGAAGAAAACUAUAAAGAGGGUUAUUAAGCGUAAGAAGGGACCAAUUACAGAAACCACACAAAUAACCACUGAACAACAAGACGAUCAAUCACCAAUUAUAACAGUACACACUAGCGAAGAAUUCACAGAUGACACAGUCGCUCCCUUCGAGGAUACACAACUUUAUGACAAGGCUAAGAUCGUUGAAGAAGAACCAGAAAAAGUUGAAAUAUCUCAGGUUCGCACAGAAACUGGCCAAGUCAAAAAGAUAAAAACUACUAAGCGCGUUAUCAAAAAGGGCCCUAAGAAAGAAGUCACUGAAAUAACGACAAUCGAAAAAGAAGGUGAAGAGCCCAUCACGACGGUCACUGUUGCUCCAGCACCAGAAGAGGAGCAACCAACACCGAUAGAGACCGUUGAGCUGCCAGAAGAAGUAGCAGAAGUUAGCGAAACUACUCCUGAAGGUAAGACGAUUAAGAAGAAAACUAUAAAGAGGGUUAUUAAGCGUAAGAAGGGACCAAUUACAGAAACCACACAAAUAACCACUGAACAACAAGACGAUCAAACACCAAUUAUAUCAGUACACACUACCGAAGAAUUCACCGAUGACACAGUCGCUCCAUUCGAGGAUACACAACUUUAUGACAAGGCUAAGAUCGUUGAGGAAGAACCAGAAAAAGUUGAAAUAUCUCAGGUUCGCACAGAAACUGGCCAAGUCAAAAAGAUAAAAACUACUAAGCGCAUCAUCAAAAAGGGCCCUAAGAACGAAGUCACUGAAAUAACGACCAUCGAAAAAGAAGGUGAAGAGCCCAUCACGACGGUCACUGUUGCUACAGCACCAGAAGAGGAGCAACCAACACCGAUAGAGACCAUCGAGCUGCCAGAGGAAAUAGCAGAACAGACUGAAACGACGCCCGAUGGUAAGACAGUCACAAAGAAAACCACAAAGAGAAUCAUCAAGCGUAAGAAGGGACCACUUACUGAAACCACACACAUUACCACUGAACAAGUAGAAGAUGAGACACCUGUCGUAUCAGUACACACUACACAAGAAAUUACUGAUGAUACAACUACACCAUUUGAUAAAAAACACAAACCUAAGAAAGCUAGGGUCGUCGAAGAAGCUCCUGAGAAAGUCGAGAUUACGCAAGUACGUACCGAAACAGGUGAUGUGAAGAAGGUCAAAACUACCAAGCGCGUCAUUAAAAAGGGUCCAAAAGAACCAGUCACCGAAAUUACAACAAUUGAAAAGGAAGGUGAAGAGCCCAUCACAACAGUUACGGUUUCCCCAGCGCCAGAAGAAGAUCAAACGACACCGAUAGAAACCGUUGAGCUGCCAGAAGAGAUAGCAGAAGAAAUUGAAACUUCACCAGAAGGUAAGACAGUUACAAAGAAAACAACAAAGAGAACCAUUAAGCGUAUAAAGGGACCUCUUACAGAUACCACACAAAUCACCACAGAACAAGUAGGCGAUAAUACACCUAUCAUAUCAGUACACACUACACAAGAAUACACAGAUGACACCACAACACCGCUUUUCGACACACACACACUUGAAACAGCUAGGAUCGUUGAGGAAGCUCCCGAAAAGGUAGAGGUGACUCAAGUUCGCACUGAUACCGGCGAAGUAAAAAAGGUCAAAACUACUAAGCGCGUCAUUAAAAAGGGACCUAAAGAACCGGUGACUGAAAUUACAACAAUUGAAAAGGAAGGUGAAGAGCCCAUCACAACAGUUACGGUUUCCCUAGCGCCAGAAGAAGAUCAAACGACACCGAUAGAAACCGUUGAGCUGCCAGAAGAGAUAGCAGAAGAAAUUGAAACUUCACCAAAAGAUCUUGAACCUGUAGGUCCCAGUUCGGUGGAAGAAAAGAAGACUAAGAAGCCAAAGAAGAAAGUUAAGACAGAACUGGUACCAAGCAAGCCGGUAGAUGAAAAACCAGUUGAAGAAAAUGAAGUCACAGCACAUAACGGGGAAGAAAAACAACCCUUACCCCUUAAGAAAAAAUUGACACCGUUAAAAAUAGAAAGGGUAUCUUUGGAUGUUAAUAAAGCUCAGUUUGCUGAACAAGUAGAAGGACCACAAUUUACAAAAUUAAAGUUGAAAAAACCUGUACAAAAACCUAAAGCUGAACAGUCAACAGUAACGUUACCUAAAUUCCAAUUAAAAAGUCGAAUUAAACACAUAACCGACUGGCCACCGGAAGAAUUGCAACCAAUCAUCAGUUAUUUAAACAGUGUCCGACAAAAUGGAGAGCUGUCAAGAAACAUCAAGGAAGCAGCUAAAAUUAAGAAAAAACCACUUAAACUUAAGAAAAUUGAUGCUGAAAGACCCGACUUGGAAAAGCCAGAAGAAUUCGAAUUCUCUUCAAGCAAAGAUGUUCCCGAAGAAAUACAGGAAAUACCAAAAGCAGUACCUAAAGAAAAAGAAAUAAAGCCUGUGGAAAUUUCUAAAGAUCAGAAAGAAAAAGUAGUACCAGGAUCAGAUAAUGCUGAAAAACCAAAGAAACCUAAGCCAAAACUUAUUCCACAAAAAAUUGAAAGGAAAGUUCUUGAGAUGGAUAAACCACAGCAUGCUGAAUGUGUUGAUGCACCUCAAUUUAACCAAAUCAAGCUUAAGAAAACUAUCGCGAAACCCAAGCAAGAUAGCGCUAACGUAUCUCUUCCUAAGUUCCAACUAAAGAGUCGUAUAAGAUACGUGACAGAUUGGCCCCCAGAUACUAUAGAGCCCAUCAUAAGCUUUUUAGGUAGUGUUCGUCAGAAUGGAAUACUAUCGAGAAACGUACAAGAGGCUGCUAAAAUUAAGAAAAAACCCAUUAAACAACCUAAGUUACCAGAGGUUGUAAAAACUGAACUCGAAAAGCCCAGUUUUGGCCGGGAAGAUAUAGUAGAAGCCGUAAAGCAAAGCGUUCAAGAGGAGGAUGAUGUUUCUGUCGAGGAACCAAAAGAUGAGCAUGCUGAAUUCACCAUAAACAGGCGCCCGAGCGUCAAAAUACUCGAAGAAAUUGUCGAUGAAGUUACAAUUAAAAAGAAAUUGAAACCAACAAGGAAGCCUUCCGUGACAUUGCCUGAAAUAACAGAACCAGAAACAGUUACAUUUAGGCCUAAAUCAACUAAAACAAAGGAAGACGUCGAACAAGAGUUCAAUAUCCAAUUAGAUUCAUACGCUGAGGAGGAAAUUUCUAUGUCAAGUAAAGUAAAAUUAAAGCCGCAAAGACAGCCAACCUUUAGCGAAGAAGCUGGAGAAGCUUCAAUCAAGUUCUACGAAGAAGAGGAUGGGCCAGAUGUAGUUGAAAUAAUAGAAAGCGAAGACGAAAAGGAGGACGAAACCGCGAACGUAAUGAUGCCAAUGAAAAAGAAGCCAAAGAAGCCUGUUACUGAAACUACAGAAGAUAUCAGCGUAACGAUGACUAAGCCAAAGUCUAUUGAUAGGUCAGAAAUUAUAGAAGAUGUUAGCAUAAAACUGGAAAGAAAACCCAAAUAUGUAAUUGAUGACCAGGAAGAAGUUACCUUUGACGUAAAACAGCAAGUAGAACAGUUUUCAACAGAAGAGUUGUCUUUGUCGAGUAAGAUAAAACUGAAACCAAAGAAAAAAGUGGUGGUGUCUGAAGCAGCUGACGAGCAUUCUAUACAACUAACUCAAGAAAUCGAAGACGACAGUCAGGUAGAAGAAAUUAUACUUAGCGAUGUCGAAUCUGAAGAAAAUGUACACAUGUUUAUCAAACGAAAACCUAAGAAACCUACAUAUGAAGUCAGUGAGGUAGAAGAAUUGAGCGUCGAACUUAAGCCAAAAAGAAUGAACGAAAUAGAAUUUGAGGACGAACAGUUAACAAUUUUAGCUAAACGAAAGCCUAGGAAACCAUCGCAACUUCAAGAAGCAGAGGCCUCAAUGAAAAUUUCAAGGGAAAUCGAUUUCCCAGACACUCCACUAGAUGUACGAAGUGGCGACACUGUCUUUGCGGUAUACUCGUACGUAGCAGAAACAGAUGAGGCUAUCAACCUUGUCGAAGGCGAACGUUUAUACAUACUGGAAACAACGAACCAGGACUGGUGGUUUGUCCGCAAACACCUCACUGAAGAGAAAGGUUUUGUCCCUGCCCAGUAUUUAAUGGAUGAAGAAAACUAUACUUUGUACCUACAAAAGAAAUUAAAUGAGAAGAUUGACAAGCUCCCAGUAUUUGAAAAACCUACACCCGAGGAACAAGCCAUAGCUCCUAUAUUCGUAGAGAAACUACGUCCAAAACACACUCCAGAUGGUUCAACUGUGCAAUUUGAAUGCCAAGUGGAAGGAUUUCCGAGACCACAGAUUACGUGGUUCAGACAAACGGCUAUCAUUAAACCAUCUCAAGAUUUCCAAAUGUACUACGACGAUGACAAUGUCGCCACUCUGGUUAUUAGGGAAGUUUUCCCUGAAGAUGCAGGCACAUUUACCUGUGUGGCUAAAAACGCUGCAGGCUUUGCGUCGAGUACUACUGAACUCAUAGUAGAAGCUCCUCUCUCAGAUCAUGGAUCGGAAAUGACAAUUUUAUCCAGAAAAAGCUUAUCGAGGGAAUCAUCUUUGGCUGAUAUUUUAGAAGGUAUACCACCAACUUUCUCUAAGAAACCAAAGGCUCAAUAUGUCAACGAAGGCUCACAGAUCUUCCUUGAAUGCAGACUGGUUGCUAUUCCAGAACCAGACAUAGCAUGGUUCUUUAAAGGAGAAGAAAUUGUACCUGAUGAAAAUAUUUCUAUAGCUACUGAGUCCGACAUGCAUAUGUACUGCAGUGUUCUAAAAAUAUCCAAUGUCAAGAAAUUGCAAGAAGGCACUUACACUGUACUAGCGGUAAAUAGAGAAGGUGAAGCCAGUCUACCGAUCGUUCUUAAGAUAAAAACGGGUCAAAAAGAGAAACCGCAGGUUAUAGAACCAUUGAAAAGUUUAACAAUUAGGGAAGGCGAAAGUGUAGUUCUUUCUGCUCAAGUGGUUGGCAACCCUCAACCUACUGUGACGUGGCAUAGAAACAAUAAACCUAUACCGUCACUGCCUACUAAAUCGGAUGGCGAGACUCACAAUGUAACAAUAAUUAAACCUCGAAAAGGAAAGGAUGACGGCGUGUAUACACUCAAGGCUGUCAAUAGUGAAGGAACUGCUGAAACAAGCGCCGUUAUCACUAUUGAAGAACCAACAGAAGAAAACGCAGAGCCACCGUUAUUUAUUAACCGGUUCCAGGAAAUUACAGUCAAGGAAAAGGGUACUAUUCGACUACCUGCUAAAGUCACUGGCAAUCCCGUUCCUUCGAUUACAUGGUAUAGAAAUAAUAAAAUCAUCACACCUUCGGAAACAGUAACUCAAAAAUUCGAUGGUGAGAAUAUUGAAUUAGUGAUUACCAACGUCGAUUCCGAAAUUGACUCCGGAGAUUACAAAUGUGUAGCAUCAAACAGUGCUGGUAAAGCAUCACAUGGAGCACGGGUUACUAUUGACGUAGAAAAGGUCACGUUUGUUAAGAAGUUAAGAAACACUUAUGAAACUGAAGAAGGAAAGACAAUAAUUUUAGAAUGCCAAACUUCUCAUACAGUGUCUACAAAAUGGUAUCAUAAUGAUAAAGAACUAAGCGGAAUGGAUCAUAGAGAAAUAAUACAAGAGGGCCGUACCCAUAAAUUGCGUAUUAAAAAGACUAAAUUGACAGAUAUAGGUGUAAUUAAAUGCGUAGUAAAAGACCAAGAAACCAGUGCAAAACUUCAAGUACAUGAAACUAUUCCGGAAUUCACACGCAAGCUGCAAGAUUUUGAAGUAAAAGAGAAAGAUGUGGCUAUUUUAGAGGUUGAAAUAAAUUCGGAGACAGCAGAUGUUAUUUGGGAAAGAGAUGGUGAAAAAAUUAAGCCGAAGAAGAAUAAAUAUGAACUAGAGAAGCGCGGGAAUGUCCGGAAACUGCUUAUACGAAACACUUCAGUUCACGACGAAGGUGAAUAUACUUGCAUUCUUCGUGACGACAUGUGUACUGCGGAAGUAACUGUGGUAGAAUUACCGCCAGAAAUAAUUUCACGUCUCCAAGACCAAAAAGUUAACAAAGGAAACAAAGCCACAUUUGAAAUUGAACUUACGAAAGGUGACGCCUUAGUGCAAUGGUUUAAAGAUGGAGAAGAGAUUCAGUUCUCUAACCACAUGCAGCUUACAAUUGACGGUAAGAAACAAAAAUUAAAAAUAUACGAUUGUGACGAUAAUGAUGCGGGGGAAUAUGCUUGCGAAGUCGGAAGUGAUAGAUGCUCUGCUAAACUUUUUGUUGAAGAACCUUCGGUUGACUUUACUCUACGUCUUCCGGAAGUGAUCACAGUUCCUGCAAACACUGACGCGUACUUGACAGUUGAAAUACCGGAUGAAAAUUACGAGGUCACCUGGUAUAGAAAGAAAACCAUUAUAGAAGAUACAGAAAAGUUUACCCUAAUAUCCGAUGUUAAAAAACGUACUCUCAUAAUUAGGAAGUGUACCGAAGAAGAUCAAACUGAAUAUACUGUGUCUCUGCUUGACGCAAAAUGUUCCACCAAAUUAAAAGUUGAAGUCAUCGAAUCUCCACCUAAAAUCAUUAACUUCGAGAAUGAAUACAAAAUAAAGAGGGGUGGCGACGUAACCCUUUUAGUUCAAUAUGAUGCGCUACCACAACCGGUCGAUGAAUGGGUGGUCAAUUCUAAGAUAAUUAAGAAAUCGAAACAUACAAAACCAUCCAUUGAUUCCGAAAGUGCCAGUCUUACAAUUAAAAAAGUUGAGAAUACUGAUGCUGGAACAUACAAACUACGUCUUAUUAACAACUGCGGUGAAGCCGAAGUCGAAAUAAACGUAGUUGUUAUGGAUAUUUCAUCGCCGCCAGGAAAACCCACACCAUUAGAAACAGAUGAUACAUCAAUAAACAUCUGUUGGAAUGAGCCGGAAAAUAAUGGUAACUCCGUAAUAAUAUGUUACAUAGUUGAAUUCCAGGAGAUAAAUACCACGGAGUGGACAUCCAUUGAAAAUGUCACUAAAACUCAACAUUCUGUAGAUAACCUAAAGUCUAAAUCAUCAUAUAGAUUUAGGAUAUUUGCAGUCAAUGAAGUAGGCGUUAGUGAAGCUUCAGAUAUAUCAGAAUAUGUAGUGGUUGAAAAGGUGACCAAGAAACAACCACCUUCUGUUGAGAAACCACUAAAGGAUAUUAUCAUAGGACCUAAUGAAGAUGUAGAAUUAUCGUGUAUUUUCGGUGGCAUUCCACAGCCUAAGGUUGCAUGGUCUAAGGAUGGUAAAAAGCUUAAAACCGCUAAAGCUAGUUAUGACAACAGAGUUGCGACCCUUGUUGUCACUUCCACAGCAACCUCAGAAGGACAGUACAAAUGUACCGCUUCUAACGAUCUUGGUGAAGUAGAAACAACGUGUUUGUUAGAAAUUCAACAAAAACCAAUAAUAAUUGUACCCGAAAAAGAAAUAAACCAAAGGCUUAAAGUAGAUGAAGAAUGGUCUGCAACUGCUACAUUCGAAGGUAUACCAAAGCCUAACAUAAUAUGGUACAGAAACGGAACUAGAAUAGAUAGCAGCAAAGAGUUGGAAAUAAUUACAACAGAGACGACGAGCACUAUAAGGAUACGUAAACUGGAUCGAUCAUAUUCAAGCAAAUAUACUGUGGAAGCACAAAACAAAGCGGGCAGUAAUUCAAUAGAACUAUCGCUUAAAGUUUACGACAAACCUAGCAAGCCCGAGGGUCCAGUUAUCAUGCGAGAGAUUAGUCGCGAGUCUGUAACUAUUGAAUGGAAGCCUCCCGUCGAUGACGGUGGUUUAGAACUGACUAAAUACGCCAUUGAAAAACACGAGCCAGACACAAACGAGUGGGUGAAGGUCGCAGACGUCGACAAGACCGUAGAAACAUACUGCAUACAGCGACUAAACGAGAACUGCGAGUAUAUGUUCCGAGUGAUGGCCCAGAACCCAAUUGGAUAUUCUGAAGCAUUAGAGAGCGAGCCUAUAGUCAUCAAACACGCUUUAGAUGUACCAUCACCACCUUUGGGACCCCUUGGCAUCUACGGCAUCAGCAGUGAUUCUUUGACGAUCACCUGGUACCCGUCUGAGAAGAACGGCGGCUCUCCGAUCCUAGACUACAGCGUGGAAGUAAAGCAAGAAGGCAAGAAGUGGAAGCACGUCGCUACAGUGACCAAAACAACGGCCAAAAUUGAAAAGUUGACCGUCAAUGUCACUUAUGAGUUCAGAAUAUGCGCUAGAAACGAGAUUGGUAGCAGCCUACCAUACACAUCAGACGAGAGAGUGACAAUAGGCCAGACGCGUUCCCCGCCGUCCCAGCCGCUAAAGUUCGUGAUCAAGGACGCCACGUCGAGGUCUGUCACACUACAAUGGGCUGCGCCGGAAAGCGACGGUGGAAGCGCGAUAACCAAUUACAUUAUAGAAUACAAGACUGUGAAAGGUAGCUCAUGGAGCAAGGUUAUAACCGUUGGUGGCUCAGUGUACGAGCACUGCAUAGAGAACAUCAAGGACAAGGAGAUUGUGUUCAGGAUAUCGGCUGAGAACGCAAUUGGAGUCGGUCCGGCUACUGAGUCACAGACAGUGCACUUGGAGAAGCAUGCAACUGUGCCAUCGCCGCCGACAGCGCCGCUAGAGAUCAGAACUGUCGGCAGCAACAUCGUGAUGACAUCAUGGGGCACGCCCGAAUGGGACGGAGGUGCACCCCUGCAGGGUUACAACAUCGCCAUCCGUGACGUCACCAAGACUAUGUGGAUGGAGGUCGGCAAGGUCGACGCGAAUACGCUUAAGUUCAACAUCAGGGACUUGAGCGAGGACCAUACGUAUAUGAUCAGGAUAUACGCGCGGAACGAGAUAGGGCUCAGCGAGCCACUCGAAUCUGACGAGCCAUUCAAGGUCCUACCUGGAGAAGGAGAAUCACACGGAGACGAGGAGCUGGGCGAGCACACAGAAGCCACCGAGCCCACAUCAUUCAGCACCCAGACCACGACCUCGUGGAUGCGCGAGCACAACAUGGACGCAGAUAUCCGCUCGUACGCGCGCGGAUCCUUGCUCCGCCGCGACGAGUACUUCUUCAGAAUAUGGCACUACGCCAAGCAGCUCUUCAAGUGACACCAACGCGGCACCAAACCAGCACCUGUGAUAUUUAAAACGACAUAGUUCGCGGAUAGUAGAAGCGUCCAUCCUUUUAUAAUUUUAUAACAGUUUUUGUAGCGAUACAUAAUUUAUUUUAGAUAAGGUUAAAUUAUUUAUUUAUUUUAAUUCAUUGCCUUACACGGUUCGAGUCGCAUCCGAUAACGUUGGGAGACGUGUUAAAUAUAGGUGCAAAAUAUUUAUUCGAUAAAUCGAAUGAGGCUCGAAUUUACGUCAGGUUUUAUUUGAAAUUGAAUAUUAUUUAUUAUAUAAGUGCAAUUAUAAA